AUGGCCGGGGAGAACCAGCAGCGGAGCCUCCGCAAGAGCAUCGCGGCGCAGCAGCAGCAGCCGGCCCCUCCCGCCCGGCAGGAGCAGCCGCAGCCCCCCGGGAAGACCCCCCAGCAGGGCGGCGGCGGAGGGAGCGGCAGCCGGGCGGAGGGCGCCGCCCCCCCGAGCAGCCCCGCCGGCGCCGCCGAGAAGGUCGCGCUCAAGAAGGAGAUCGGGCUGGUCAGCGCCUGUGCCAUCAUCAUAGGUCAGAGUUGGGGUCGGGGGAGAGGGAGGGAGGGAGGGGGUCGCCUCCCGGGGAAGGGGGCGUCGGGCAGAAACUCCGAGGAAAGUCUGUGCGGGAGGGACGGGGGCUCCUCGAAACUCUGCCCCCCCCCCACCUUGAGAUCUAUCUUGGCUCAAAAAGUAGGGGUUUGGCUGGGGGGGGGGGAGUCGGAGGAUCGCGCCCUGAAAAGCAGGGAUCGGGUGCUCUCCCGCCCUUCGCUUUCUCCUGCGUUGUGGGGUGGGAAUGGGGACCGGAUCCGAGCUUCCUGGAGUAACGUCGGUGGCAGUGCCAAGCUUCCGCGGAUUCCGGGCACCUGCUUCGCGGCAAACGCCGGUGGCACCUGUAGCCUACCAAAGGACUUUGUUGGUGGGCACGUGUGAAUCGCUGCUUUGCCGUCCGUAUGGAUCGUGGUUUUUGUCCAGCUUGCCUUCCCAAAAGCUCAGGGGGCAUCCUCGUUUCUGUUUCUCUGCCGCCCCCCAUGCUGUCCUUACAACGGCCCUUUCUAGCUGGUUUGAGAGGGAGGGAGAAGACUUCAGGUUGAGUUUGGAAGAGUGAGCUUCCUCCUGAUUUGAACCCAUGUCUCCUUGGCCUUAAUAAGUCAGACACUCUAACUACUAUGCCACACUGCCUCUUUGGAGAUCCGGUUUUGAAAGUGUCCAAGUGACAAAGUGCAUUGUCCUGUGCACUUUUAUCACCUGUGAGCAAGUGUGCCCUGCUAAUGUGCAUUACUGGUCCACCUACCUGCAUUAAGAAGAAAUCCCCCAUCCCAUCCCAAAAGCAAAUGCCACGUUCAGUAUAUAUCCGCUCCCCCCCCCCCCCCGCAAGCCCAGGUCCACAGCAGGAAAGAAAAGGGUUAAAUCCUCCCUCAUUGUGUGCCCUGAUCCUAUUAAUUACCACACACCUCCAGCUAUUUGCUUUUUUAAAUAUAAAAAUAAUCCUGAAUUUUUGCAUUCUCUUUAACCUGUGGUUUGGCCCUGAGGGAUGCUGGCCGUCGUGGGAACUUUGGUGUCCCAGAGGAAGGAAAAUCCAGCUGCUUUUGUUGAGAUGCCAGACACCUCCCUCUACCAAAUCCAAAAGAUAGGACAGGACUUCAAGAAAUACACCAGGAUCCCAAACUGGCUUCUCUUCUAGUAUGUGCAUCAAAACAGAUUUAAAAACAAAACACCACAGCUUAUAAUUUUAAAUCUAUUCAAAUCCCUCCAUUUUAAUAGAAUUCAAUACUACUGGAGAAGUGGGCAGGGGUGCUAACUUGGAUAAAAUAUUGGGGGGGGGGCAGGUAAGUGUCCGAGUGACCUGCCCCACAUAAUCGAUCACAAGAUGCAACACACACAAACCCCAUUUGAAUGACAAUGCUUAUCAACUUUGGGGGACGCCUGGCCCCCUCAAAUAUUAUAUUGUGGAAAGCAGAAGGGACCUUGGUUCCUAGUGGGGGCUUUUGAGGAAUGGGACGAGGAAGAGAGAGGUCUUUCCUCCCUGGCCCUCCUCAAUACUUCAUCCACUAGGUGCUGGGAUCCAAGAGAGACCCAGUCCAAAGGGCUCUGGGGUCACCAUGCCAGGCUCUCUGGUGAGUCUUCUCAGCUAGCUGCAAGCUCAGGUCUGAAGCCAAACACCAGACAUCGGAAGCAGCUUUGCCUUGAGCCCGGCUUCGGCUGGGGAGGGCGGGAUAUAAAUAAAAAAAAUUAUUAUUAUUAAGUCAGAUUCCAGUACAGAUUUUCCCCCUUGUGAAUAUCAUUUUUAUUUUUAUUUUAACAAAGUAAUAAUAAUAAAAAAUAAAAACGUGCACCCCAACCCCCGAGACCGUUCCGUUGCAACUAUCUAGCCUCCCAAAAUUUCAACACCUCUUGCCAGGCAUCCCCAAACUCGGCCCUCCAGAUGUUUUGGGACUACAACUCCCAUCAUCCCUAGCUACCAGGACCAGUGGUCAGGGAUGAUGGGAAUUGUAGUCCCAAAACAUCUGGAGGGCCAAGUUUGGGGAUGCCUGCCUCUUGCGAUGGUUUGACCCCUUUCUGUUUUAAUGAGAUUCCAGCACAGUAUUGUCCACUCUGACUGGCAGUGACUUUCCAGGGUCUCAGUCACGGGCUUUUCUCUUUCCCCAUCACUGGCCAGGGACCUUCUUCCCGCUGAGCAAAGGAUAAAAGGGUCUGGAAACCAAGCCUUAUGAGGGACAGCUGAGGAUGUUGGAUAGAUUUAGCCUGGAAAAGAAGAGGCAGAGAGAGGUUGGCAUGAUAGCCGUCUUCAAAUAUCCAAAGGGCUGUCACAUGGAAGAUGGAGCAAGCUAGUUUUCUGCUGCUCCAGAGGGUAGGACCAUGAAUGGAUUCAAACGACAAGAAAGGAGAUUGCGACAAAACCUUAAGGAGAACUUUCUGAAAGUAAGAGCUGUUUGACAGUGGAACGGACUCCUUCGUUGCAGGUUUUUGAAUAGAGGUUGGGUGGGCCAUCAGUCAGGGAUGCAUAAGUUGUGAUUCCUGUAUUUCAGGCCGUUGGACUAGAUGAUCCUCAGGGUCUCUUCCAUCUCUAUAAUGCUAUGAUUCCAUAAUUCAACCAUUGAGCUUGGUCCUUCCCACCUGUGGCCAAAGACUGGAUGGGGAUCAGUCUGUGUGGGUUUGUUUUCAACCCAGGAGCAGCUGCAUCCAAGAUGAAGCUGGUCUAUUAUGGGUCUAUUAUGGGUGGAGAAGGGAGGAAGCCCCCCACCCUCUGAUCCCAAACUCCUUGCAAUGGCCUCCUUGCAAUGGUCUCCUGAACUUGCAACAAGGACAGUGUGGUGUAAUGGAGAAGAGUCGUGCAUUAGGAAUGGGGAGACCCAUGCUCAGAGCCCUGCUAGGCCACAAAGCUCACUGGGUGACAUUGAGGGCCAGUCACACUCUCUCAGCCCAACCUGCCUCAUAGGGCUCUUUCAGAGGAAACGAGGGGGAAUAGGAAGCUGCCUUACACUGAGUCAAGACCGUUGGUCCACCUAGUGCAGUAUUGUCUACACUGGCUGGCAGCAGCUCUUCAGAGUUUUGGGCAAGGAGUCUCUCCCAGGCGUCCCUGGAUAUAUGCCCCAACCAUAUAGACUUGCAUGCAGGACCAUUGCCCUGGCUCCAGUACACUCCCACUGCUGCUGCAUGAAGCUGAAGACCCAUGGGUGCUAGCCACAAUCCAUAAACAAUCUGUAAUUUCUUGAGGAAUACUCCUGAUGGAUUUGUUUCCCCUCAAACCAGCUCCCGUCCAAUUUGAAAACACACACUGUGGCUAAGCUGAGGUGCGCACAGUUUGGACAGUUGUUGAGCAUGUGCAGAUGAUGGCUUCCUUGAAUCGGAGUUUGUGGGGGUUGUUGCAGGCAUGGGGAAAGGAGUCAAGUAAUGUGCAUCAAAGGAAGAUUCUCUGGUGCGCAAAAGAGACUUGAAGUGCAGGGCAGGGGGAGGGAAAAGGACUUUGCUGUGUUUUAAGCUGCCAGGGUGGAUAUAGCUUAACUGCUGGUUUGGAAAGGAGUUUGCAAAGUGAUGGGUGAUUAAGGUGGGCCCACUGUUCCUGCUCGGUCAGAGCCUAAGGCGGGGGAAAGUAGAAUUUAAACCAAACGUGUCCUCUAAAAGUUCAGGAGACGAAAGGAGUCUUUGCUGUGUGCUGGAAGCCUAUCAGUGCUGUGGCCCCUCAUGCCUCCAAGGCGAGGGAGCUGCACAACUGGGGUGCUGCCACCGAAAAGGCCCUGCUCCAGAGUAUAUGGAAAUUUUAUGCAAGUUGGCCCAUUUUGCUCUCUGUUGUGGCAAUGCCUUCCCGCUCUUUGAGGAUGCAUAAGUUCUGUGGGCGUGUUCUGAAUUGAGCCCUCAUAGGGCUUGUGUCGGCAGCAAAAGCUCUGUUUUCUGAUACAUCGAAAGCAGACAUUGCAUGGUUUGUGGGGAAACUCAUGUUUUCUGCAGACAAUAGUUUUUCCAGACCAUAUGUGGCACGGUAUGGUUCACCACACACUGGGAAGGAAAGAUGUCAGAGAGUGUAAGGGAGAGUUGUGUGAACACAAUGUUCAUUCACAUGACACGAAACAUCUGGAGUAAGCUGGUGUCUCCCUCUGUGCUGUGAGAAGUUCCAGUGUCUCAUUUCCCAGAUUAUCCACUGAUGAUGAUAUACCAUAUUGUUAAAAGCAGAAGGGACCCAGGAACAGUCCAGGCCUUGGUCAUUUGGGAGCCCUACCUGUAACAUGCAGACCCAGGAGAGUGUGGUCUGGGUCAUGUGAUUGCUUCACAUGGGUCGACAGCUGAAUUGCCCACUGUUGUGGACUGCCUAGGCUGAGCUGUGGCUGGACGUGGUUCAGGGUAUGCCGAGUCUCCGAGUCUUUAGCAUAUCCUCUCGUCCUUAAAACGUCCUUUUUCUUAAAACGUCCUUUUUUGCUCCCAUUAGGACCAAAAGCUUUUAAGCAGCAGCUUAGGGAAAGCAGGGCUUCUGCAUCAUCCGAGGGAGGGAAAUGAACAACAGGACUGGGGCCUAUCAGGAAUAGUAAUCAUCACCAUCACUGCCACCUCUUUGAGUGACAGGAGCUUCCCAGGGUUUCUAGCAGAGGUGGGGAUGGGGCAGAGAUUUUGAUUCAGUUUGCUUUGAACAGCAUACCUAGGAAACCCACAUGAGAACCAAAACACAGUCAGGCUGUGAAAAUAAAUUAGAAAGAUGCAGUCUAAGAGGGGGUGUUGCUUGCAAAAAUGAGUACGUCAGUCAAAACUGCAGACCAGAAUGUGUCUGUGCUGAGAAGUUGGAACUGAAAUGCAGGUGAGAGAGUCUUUCCUAUCUCUUGCAAGGAGCUGCCGCUGCUCCCUUGAAAGACACCCUCGCGGAAACCUUCCUGACUAGCAGCUCACCUCUGAGGUCCCAAAAUGAGCCACACAGAAAGAAAAAGAACAAGGAGCUCUAAUUAAGAGUUUCCUGGCAAGAGGAAAGGGGGAAAACAAACCAACAUACAUCACCAUUUUCCUAAUUGAGUCCCCGGAGGACACAGAAAACCAUUUUUCUUGUCCAUCCAUGUGCCUUCCUGCCACAGCUGAUCUUCGUCCAACAUCAAAGACCCUCAUCCUGGGUACAAAACCAAGGGGAGGGAGGGAGAAAGGAGUAGCCACCAACAUAUUCAGGGGAAGAAUGAAGUGGUUUCUGAUGGCGAGGAACAGGUUGACCUGCCCAUGUCACUUUCCUCUUCCUCUUUGUGGGACACAAUGGCAUUCAGUCCUGGGAAUAUUAAUUAUGACCCCCUUUUUUGUUGUUCAUUCAAAAUAUAGUUAACACCGCUGUGUCAGGGUAUGGAGAUAUUUUGCAUGGGGGAAACCGAGGGCAACCCAAUGUGAUGUGUGGAGAUGUGUGUGAUAUUAGUAUUAUGAUAAAUAAAGAUGGCUGCCUGCCACGGAUGCUUUUGUUUUUCAUUCCUGGAUUGCAGCGGGUUGGGCUAGAUGACCCUUGGGGUCCCUUCCAACACUACAAUGCUUUGAUUCGAAUAACAAUAUUAUUAGCAGGCACGUCAGAAAAGAGGGAGGGAAAUCCGACGAACCCUGCUUCCUGGCUUACUAUUUAAUGGAGGCAACCAAAGGAAUAAAUAAGAACACAAUUUGUUACCUUUCUGUCGCAGGGAAGCCAGGCAUCUUUUCUGACAGAGGCUUUUUUCUUGAGAGCUUGACAGAGCAUAGUGGUUACAAGCGUAAGCUGUGUAGCCCAGCAAGGCUCUGAGCUAAAUUGUGCCUCAAAUAUGGACUUAGGAGGUGACUCGGUGCAUGCCAGAAUCUCUCAGUUUCACCUCCCUCUCCAGAAACACAGCAAAAUGGGAAUACAGUAAUAAUACUGACAUACCCACCCCUUCAUUUUAAGACUGUUUUAUAUAUAUUUUUCAAAAAAAGGGAACCAAUGAGACAUGGAUUUCUGCAUUUUUUAAAAAGUUUGUUGAUAAAAGAAAACAUCGACAACGAACAGUGUAACGAUCCAGACGACUUUCAAGAGCAUUUUUGUAGGACAACUUACAGCUGUGUGAACUUGCCAUCACUUGUGCAACGCAGUGAAAAUCUAGCUCAGAUCAAAUAUUUUAAUGUAACAUGUGACUCAUUUCAUACAUCACACUAAACCAUAGUUUGCUCUAACCGUAGUUUAGAACCCAAGCAGGCCAUGACUUGAGGUUCCAAACAUACAUGGUUGAGAGCUUCUUGUCUGCUUUGAUUCCCCAUCUGCUCAGCAAUUUUGUUCCUCUGACACAGGCAAGCCUCUUGGAGGGGAAACAACCACCAUAGUUUUGGUUUGCCAAUUCGCACAUCUAAUGAAACUGAGUGUUGGGGAGAUUCGGUUGCUGGAAAUCACAGGAGGGGAGAGGCCUCUUGUGCUCAAAUCUCACUUGCUGGUUUCCCACUGCGAGAACAGGAUGCUGGCCAUUAGCACAACCCAGUGGGCUCUUCUUCUGUUUUUAUGACAUUAAGCUAAACCAUCAUUAUCACAAACCAUGGUUUAAAGACACACACACUCCCGCCAAGCCUAGUUAGUGAUGCUGGUCUGCUGGCACACCGCAAUUUGCCUGUACACGACAGAGCAUGAGUUCUUUUCACUUUUUCAGUGGAUGUUCAUAGGGAUUGUGAGAGCAGUCCCUACUUCCAACCAAGCAUGAGCCAAACCCUGUGGUAGCACAUGGGGCUCUCUCCAAGUGACUGGCUUCCCCCACUUUUCAGGAUUCUUUGUCGUACAGGCCCCUGCGGUCCUCUCCCCCUUGCUCUGUACGGAUCGGGUUCCACUUUGCAAUUUUAUUGAUGGCUGGGGCUGAUGGGAGUUGUAGUCCAAAACAUCUGGACAGCACUAGAUUGGCAAAGGCAGCCAUAGCUUGCUUUUCCCUGCUUUUGAUUCCAUACUUGAUUCCAUAUUCAAAGUAGUUUUGCUUUGUGUACAGCAACCUCUUAACAUGUCUUCCACAUCCAACAUCCAUGACUUCUAAUGGAGACGAAGCUGUUUUGAAGUCCCUUUUCUUGUGUGGUGAAAGCGUCUCUAUAUUUUUCUUUCUUGGGGGUAGAGCAUGAAACGUAGGAAGAUGCCUUACACCAAAUCAGACCAUUGGUGCAUCUAGCUGUAUUGUUUUUAACACUCAAUUGGGAGCCGCCCAGAGUGGCUGGGGAAACUCAGCCAGAUGGGUGGGGUAUAAAUUAUUAUUAUUAUUAUUAUUAUUAUUAUUACACUGACUGGCAGCAGUGGCUCUCCAGGGUCUCAGCAGGGAACUGUCUCCCAGCCCCGCCUGGUGAUACUGCUAUUGGGAAUUGAAUUUAGGUGAAUAGCAGGUGCUCUGUCACUGAGUGACAGCCAUUUCAACAAACGUCCAUAGCCAUGUUUGUGUGUUGUGCUUAAAUAGUACAAGAAUAUUAAACACGUGAUGAAAAGAUUACAGUACGUCCUAAUGUUUUGUCUAUAGAAUCCAAUAAUGAAAAUACGCAUCAAUAUUGAAUGGACAACUAAUCAGUGGGCUGACCUUUUCACUGGCCAGUUCUGACCUUUUAUAAGUGAGGCCUUUGGGAUAACUUGGUUGCUUUGCAUUCUGCUCAUUUAUUACUUUUAUUUGUUCAUUGCAUAUAUACACCACAUUUUUCUCCAAGGAAUGUAUGGUUAUCCCCUUCCUCCUUUAAUCCCCAAAACAACCCCGCGAGGUAAGUUAGGCUUGUAAAUUAUUCAUAGCUCUGAGAAACUGGAAAGAAAUUUGCUGCUGUUGUUGAGAGGAUAAGACCACAAUUUAUUUAUUCAUUUACAUGUCAUUACUUUUACUUAAUACAGUGGUAUCUCAGGUUUAGUACUUAAUUCGUUCUGGAGGUCUGUUCUUAACCUAAAACUGUUCUUAACCUGAAGCACCACUUUAGCUAAUGGGGCCUCCCGCUGCCGCUGCGCCACCGCUGCACGAUUUCUGUUCUCAUCCUGAAGCAAAGUUCUUAACCCGAGGUACUAUUUCUGGGUUAGUGGAGUCUGUAACCUGAAGCGUAUGUAACCUGAGGUACCAUUGUAAUAGCUUUUAUAAUCCACCAAGGAGCUCAAAGUGGCCCCUCUCCAUAGUACAUGCCAGUAACCCUGUGAAGUAGGUUAGGCUGAGAAAGAAUGACUAGCCAAAGGGCACCUGUGGGGAGAUUUGAACCCUAGUCUUCACCAGGUCCUUGCCCAAUGCUCUAACCACUAUAUCGCAUUGUCUUUCAAGUUCAAACACCAGCUUGAUCCCUGCAACUCCUUUUCAAGUUGGGGCUGGGCAGAAAACACAAAUACAACCCAGUGUGCUCCCUGCCUCGAGCGCUGAGACAUCGGGCUCAAAGUCAGUAUACACGUUCAGGACCACGUUCUGUGCUUCAGUCUCACCUGCCCAUUUUUCAGGGAUUCAGGAAGGGAGUAAGAGGCAACACAGGGCAAUAUUCUCCUUUAUGGAUGCUGAAAUGAAAGGGAGUGCAUACACCUGGGGCCCCGUUCUAACGCUGAAUGCAAAUGUGGUGUGGUGGUUAGAGUGUUGAACCCAGGAGACCAGAGUUCAAAUCUCUCCACAGCUGCGAAGCUCACUUGGUGUGACCUCAGGGGCCGGUCACUUCUUCUCAGCCUAACCUAAUCUAUCUUGCAGGGUUGUUGUGGAGAUUAAAUGAGGAGGAGGACAAUAUAUGCCAUCAUGAGCUCCUUGGAAGAAAAGGGAGGGUUUAAAUGCAACAGAUAAAUAAAUAAAUUGUCAUGGAGGUUAGGAAAGAUGGGAAAAUAUAAUAUAUUUGCUGCAGUCGGACCACACCCUAGUUUUAGCACAACAAGCAAGCCUGAGUCUGAGGCUCAUGUUCACCUGCCUUCCUCCUCCCCUUAUCCAAACAGGCAAACUAUGGUUUGCACUUGCCUGUCUCACAACCAUGGUUUGUUGUUACGUCUGAAUGCAGCCGGUGUGACUUUUGCCUUGAAGACUAACAAAUUAGCAUGAAAAGGACCAGUUUGACACUCACACCCCUCUGGUCCUAGUUUAAAGGCACGCAGCGGCCUUAGCAAACCAUUGUUUGCUGUGCUCGGAUGCUAACUGCGAAUGAUUCUCAUUCCAACCUCUCGCAUGUGAUGCAAGGGAGAAGCAAUGAAGGGAGGGAACUGCAAAUCUGAAAGAGCCAUAGACUCAUAGAACUGUAGAGUUGGAAGGGACCCCGAGGGUCAUCUAGUCCAGGAAUCCUGCCCAUAGCCGUUCCUGAGAAUGAGCUGACUCUUUGUGUCACAUGACCUCUAUGCAAAGUUGCCCAUGCAUGGUUUGAUAUUAUAUCUGAAGGCACCGUAUUUUUUGCUCUAUAAGACUCACUUUUUCCCUCCUAAAAAGUAAGGGGAAAUGUGUGUGCGUCUUAUGGAGCGAAUGCAGGCUGCGCAGCUAUCCCAGAAGCCAGAACAGCAAGAGGGAUCGCUGCUUUCGCUGCGCAGCGAUCCCUCUUGCUGUUCUGGCUUCUGGGAUUCAGAAUAUUUUUUUUCUUGUUUUCCUCCUCCAAAAACUAGGUGCGUCUUGUGGUCUGGUGCAUCUUAUAGAGCGAAAAAUACGGUAGCUUCAAUCUCCUUGCAUGCAUGCACAUGAGCACCAGAUAUAAGAUGUAAACAACAAAACAAGUCAGGCAUACAAAAACUGGUGCAAAGGCCGCUUUGCUUGUGCCAGGAAAUUAAGAGAUGAAGGCUAGACCUUUAGAUCACGAUUUUAUGUUACAAAUGUUCACAAUUUCUGAACCUUGAGAUUUUGGACCAGACUUUCCUGGGUGCAAUGUGCAAUCUGAGCUGCUAAACUGUUGUUACCCAUCAUGGCUGCCCUUGCAAGUGUUACUUUCUGGCCUCCUCUCCUCUGGAAUACAAAUUGUCACCACGUAGAUACUGCAACAUCCAUGGGUGUUUUCAGGAACUGAGGGCUUAUCGGUUCCAUUUAUUUGGUUACAAUAUAAUAGUUGUACAUUGUUUGCUCCUGCAAAUUUCUCAGGGUGAAAUCUAUAUAUAUGCCAGAAGUUCAAGACAAGGCCAGAUUAUUGCAUAAGGCUCACUGCUGACUGAGGAAGGAGGCAGGGCUGUGUGUUUCCUGGGAGCACAGAAAACUUGUUAAAUACGGUUUUAGCUGCAGAAUUGCAUUUCUAAAAACUCCAGGUUUCCCUUGAAGCAGUGCGGAAGCCCUCACUGGCUGCAUUCACAGGUAGCAGGAAGCCAGACUUUCCAGCAAAUUGUGAUUUCUUGUAAAGAAGCAGCAAGCUAGCCCCUGCUGCCAGAUGGCGCCUGCUUUGCUCUUCCUUUGGCGCGAGUGGGAUAAACCAACCAUUGUGCCUUGGCUCCCCAUUGAAUCAAACCCAGGGACUGUGGUUUGUUUCUUCCUCACAGGCCACAAUCGCUGGCCAACCUUGAGUAAAGGUUUGUUGCCAGCUGACGGGAUGUGGCUUGCAAGGGAGCAACAAACUAUGAUCCCUGGUUUUGACAUAGUAGGAUCUUCCUCCUCACUCUUAACCUGGCAGAGCAGGGCACUUAUACCAAGUGUCCUGGGUGGAAAUCAAUCCAGCAAAUGUGGCUGUUGUUUCUGUCCAUUUGCAAAGGAUACAUUCCAGAGUGCGUUUCUUUCCUAUUUGCAUUCUGUUUCCUUUGUAAUAAGAGGCAUGGGGUAGACACAUUUAAUGAUGAUGCAACUAACAUCAUAUAUGUAAUAAAUUGCGUCAGUUACGUAAUUUUGCCACAGCAGACAGCGAGUAACACAUUUUUUGUGUGGAAGGCAAACUGUGUCAGAAUGGAAGCAGUGCUGCCUGCAGUGAAUAGGCAGUGAGGUGGAAAAUGCCUUCUCCUUUCCUUCAUCUGGAGGUAUCACAACCAGAGGUGUCUUGUAAUAUUUGAUUUACCGAUAUACUAGCAAGGCAGAGCACUCCAGAAACUAAUCUCCCUGCAGCAAGCAACAAAACCAAUGACCCUGAACAGGAUUCUAAGGAAGCAACUGGGCAUUUGUGGAUCUCCUUUCCAUCUAAACUCAGAGCUCAAAUCUUCCAGCUCUCUGACUCAAUUUUGGACCUCACACCAAACCUUGAUUAAGGAAGGCUUAGCUGUGGUUUAGUGUGCAGUCUUCAUUGACAGGUGACAGUUUGCUUUGGCCAUGAAACCACUUGUCGGCAUGAUGCUUAAAUUGACAAACCACAGUUACAACCAUUUCUCUGCACCUGAAGAUGGGAAUGCCGGGCAGUUGAAAACUGAAAGCAGACAAGGGGCUCUAAACCAUGGUUUGCCUCCGUUUGGAAACUCAAGCCAUGGUUUGCAUUAUAAAUUGUGGCUAGUACAAACCAUUGUUUGAUAUGAUGUCUGAAAUGAACCACUGAACGGCAUGAAAAAUUAGGGUGGAAACACACAUAAAUUAUACAGGAUUCAGCUUUCCUUCUUGCAGAAUCCUUGUUAUGAUGCUCAUGGGAAUUCAGGAAACGAGAGUAGGAAGUAAGAAGCUUCUUAAUGAAUGCUGUGAUUUCAUUGCAUAAAAUGUAUUGGGAUCAGAACAGGUAGCUGCCAAAUUUAAAAGAGGGGGCAUGAUCAAGAUAAAGUUAAGAACUGCUGGUUUAUUUCAUUUCUAUCCUGCCUUUUCUUUAGAGAACUUGAGGAGGUACACACAGCAUUUUUGAGACAAGUCUGCUAUCCAGGCCAUAGCCAGGCUCCUAUAGACUGAGCUUGGCUGUCUCAUGCUUUCAGUGGACAGACUCUGGGAUCACCUCCAUUAUCUUUUGGGCCUCAUUCAUUUCAAUGGGGGAUGAAACCCCUGCUUAAAGCUUUUCCACUGACAUCAAUGGGACUUACAGGUGCUUUGCUUUGGCUGGAUCAUGCCCAGCAAAUUUUAAAAGGGGAAUGAAACUGUGAGAUGCCACUAGUUUCAAUAUGCUUUCUAUAAUUAAAUAUGUGCAUUCGCAGUUGGGGCAGCUUUGCCAAGAGCCCGCAAGUUCCAAGAGGUUUCAGAGCUGUGCUUUGCUGCGAAAGGAACUCGCUACCUUAGCAACACAUUAAUAUUGCAAAGGAAAAUACUGCAAAAGGUUCAAAAAUGCAGGGAACCCUGUGGGGAGAGAUCAGCUUUGCUGUUGAGUCUGCACAGCUAUUAGCCUGAAAGGUUUCUUACUUACUCUUACAUAAAAGCCGCCACCAUGUUUUGGAACAGGACUGCAUACCCUCCAAUAUGUCUCCGAUGAAAAUAGGGACACCCUAUUCCAUGGGUAGGCAAACUAAGGCCUGGGGGGUCGGAUCUGGCCCAGUCGCCUUCUAAAUCUGGCCCACGGAUGGUCCAGGAAUCAGUGUGUUUUUACAUGAGUAGAAUGUGUCCUUUUACAGUGGUACAUCGGGUAAAGUACUUAAUUCGUUCCGGAGGUCCGUUCUUAACCUGAAACUGUUCUUAACCUGAAGCACCACUUCAGCUAAUGGGGCCUCCUGCUGCUGCCGCGCCGCUGAAGCACAAUUUCUGUUCUCAUCCUGAAGCAAAGUUCUUAACCUGAAGCACUAUUUCUGGGUUAGUGGAGUCUGUAACCUGAAGCGUAUGUAACCUGAAGCAUAUGUAACCCGAGGUACCACUGUAUUUAAAAUGCAUCUCUGGGUUAUUUGUGGGGCCUGCCUGGUGUUUUUACAUGAGUAGAAUGUGUGCUUUUAUUUCAAAUGCAUCUCUGGGUUAUUUGUGUGGCAUAGGAAUUCGUUCACCCCCCCCAAAAAAAAUAUAGUCCGGCCCCCCACCAGGUCUGAGGGACAGUGGACCGGCCCCCUGCUGAAAAAGUUUGCUGUGGCCUAUUUCAUAAUACAAAUACUAAUAAUAAAUAAUUUUAUUAUUUUUACCCGACCCAUCUGAAUGGGUUGCCCCAGCCACUCUGGGCGACUUCCAGCCUAUAUAAAAACAUAAUAAAACAUUAAACAUUAAACAAACUUCCCUAUACAUGACUGCCUUCAGAUGUCUUCUAAAGGCUGUAGUGUAUAGUUACUUAUCACUUGGCUCGGGGGGGGGAUCGUAUAACUCCAUACCCUCCAACAUUUCUCUGAUGAAAAUAGGGACAUUCUAAGGAAAAGGGGGACAUUCUGGGAUCAAAUCAGAAACCAGGACGACUUUUGCAAAUCUGGGACUGUCUGUGGAAAAUAGGGACAAUUGGGGGUUGUGUCAUGAUAGACAUCUUUUUGUACACAGUUUUGACCAAUGUAUACCUUUUUGCAAGCAAUUUCCUCCACUACAAUACACCAUAAUGAGUUUUAACAUUCAUCAGGCAGAGAAAGAACCUUUCACAGUGCUGAGUGAGUGGCUAAGAACGUAGGAACAACAAUAAUAAGAGCUCACUGGUCAAUCAGGUCAAUGGCCCAUCUAGUCCAGCAUCCUGUUCUCACAGUGUCCAACCAGAUGCCUCUUCUGGGAAGCCAGCAAUCAGGAUUCUAGCACAAAAGCCCUCUCUUCUUCUGGGGUUUCCAGCAACAGGUAUACAGAAGCAUUUCUGCCUUCUUCUGUGAACCAUUGUGGCUAGUAGCCAUCAAUUAACCUCUUGUAAGUGAUGGUUGGCCUGAGAGUCGGGGUGAAGAGGGCUGCCCCUCAUUUCAUCUGCGCAGUCUUUGGGGUCAUCUCCAGCUUUUGGAGGGCCUUUGGGCAAGUCGUUCUCCCUCAGUGAGUCCAGGGGACUCUUCUUGCCAGGGGGUUCUUCUUGGCAGACACCUGACACCAGGCCGACUCCUGACACCAGAUGGGGGGGGGGGCUCUGCUGGUAUUGUUUGUUUGUUUGUUUGAGCCCAGAUUCCUUCUCCCGCUGCGCAGAUUUGCUUGUGCCGAUUGAGUUCCCUUGCAUAACACCCCAGAGUGUGGCGAGGAGAUUCUCCUCCGUCUGGCUGUGCGAGGCUUCGAUUUCACCUAAUGAAAUGCAAGCCGCAUCACCUCACACUGGCAAGACAGAAGGAGCAGGAUGUCAGGAAGGGAAGAAAGGCAGAGGACUGGGAGGAAGUUUUGUCUGAAGGGAGGAAAAAAUCAGAACAGACAAGCAUGGAACGGAACACUGAAUAGGAUGCCCAGCUGCCAAAGACAGCCAUAGUUCCUGGGCCUUGUUGAAAUAAAUGGGUACAACAAGGUCAGGCAGAAGGUAAAUUAUGCUCUGCUAGGAGACCACCUAGCGCAAUGGUUCUCAAACUUUGGGGGGCCCUGUCCUCCCCGUUCCAUAAACUCAGCCCCUGGGCUACCUACCUCAUAUUUUUUAAAAAGCAUUAUUCACAAGAAUGGUUUGCAUGACCCAAUAAGGAACAUAAAGACACAAUUAAUUCAAAACAGUAAUGAAUAAUUGCACAUUCGUUCCAAAUCCAUUUAAAACUCUUUAGUUUGAUUAAUUCAAUGAAACUGAGGAACUUGAUCCAGCGAUACCAGCUUUUUGAAGUCUGAUGGUGAUUUGCCACUCGGCUGCUCCCAGUGCCCCCAGGGGGUGGUGCCACUGAUUUUGGGAGCCAGUGACCUAGUGCUUGCUGGGAUUCUUGCAAGUAAUUCUGGGACUCACCUUGCUCAGGAAGGUGCAUCUUCGCUUUGUAAGCAAAGCGCAGACCACAGGUCACUUAACGUAGGCGAGUUGUGCAUCUUUUCACUGCUAAGAGAUCCUCUGCUUGGCAAGCAGAUCUAGUGGGUGCCUUUUCCGUACCACUGCUAAAUUCUCUGCCACCUCAUUUUCCUUCUCACAAGGGGAUCCUUCUUCAUCUCUCCUCAGUUCCAAUACAGACAUUAGCUCUGGAAGAAUGUUGACUCUUCUCCCCAUUAUAGGAGGGAUUUGCUGAUUUAAGGGGCUUUAACUGUGAUCACUUUCCCCUCCUCUUCCAGGCUUGUCAAGCUUCUUUUCUUUUCCUCAUCCCUUGUAAUUUCUUCUCCCGUUCACAGCAAACUUCUAACUCCUCCAGCAAUUGCCGGUUUCUUUAAUCCUUCCUUUUACUUGCACUUCCUCCCGUAACAGCUUCCCUGUUUUAGCCUGUUCCUUUCUAUUCUCCUUUCACCAUUAAAUUUUUUUUAAACCUUCUGCCUCUUUCUAACGAUGCACUGCAGUUCACCUGGCCCCCUCACCUUGGAGAAAGAGGUCCUCGCUCCCUGACUCUCAGCUUCCUUCCCCCAGCACACGAGGCAUUAGUCCAACCCAAAGGCAGUCAAGGGCUAGGUAGGUUGUGGCACUGAGGCUCACUGUAAUGUGGUCUGUGGGCCCCUGUGCUCUCCAGCAGGCCCCCACUUGAAAGAUACUGACCCUGGAGUAGUUUUGCUCCUCCAUCUUAAGCAUAUCCAGAGCUGUGGUGCUAAGAUCCCUUCGGCGCCUCCCCUCCCCGGUUUCCCAGAGUUGUCAACCUUUUAUAAGGGGGGGGACCCCAAAGUUGUUGACCUAUUUUUUAGGGAGCUGACACCACGCUUACACAUUGUCUCUAACAAGCCCUGGCUUAGAACAAAUGAGAAUAAAAUGAAAUAAAAUGAAAAGGCAGAAGAAAAUCCAAUGAAGUCCUCAGUUCCAAAGCAAGACUCAUUCAAGACCCAGCAGUUCUUCUAAUUCAUUCUCACGACAUAUUAAAAAGUUAAAGCAAUCAACAGUUUGUUGUUCUUUAAUUAAAUUAAUAAAGACACAGACAAUGAAGUUCCCAGCCAAUUUGUGUUUAAGUGCAAAGCUGAUGUUUUCAAAUAUUGCGGGGGGUGGGGUGGGGGGGUUGUAAAGCAGUGACAUUCUGAACCUAAAAAGGACCCAAAACUUGGGUCGCAAAGGCUGCAGCCCUAACUGCACAUACUUGAGAGUAAGCCCUGCUGAAUCUAAUAGGACCUUACUUCUGAGAAGACAGUAGGACUGCAGCAAGAAACACAGUUGGGAAUUAGGGCUUUCUCUUUUAAGUCUCAACCAGAGGAAAAUCUAAUAUUGGAGAUUAGGGAGAAAGGAAUAUGAAUAGAUUGGGGGGAGGGGGCUGAUGAGAGACCAAAACCCACAGGUAGCAAGACAAGGCACACUUUCUGGGGAGCAAGCCUCACACACAGUUGCUUGGGGCGAGGACUGCAGAGGGACCAUAGUCGGGCUGUGCGUGUGUGCUUUUCAGAAAAGCGUAGAAUUGGAAGGGACCCUGCGGGUCAUCUAGCCCAACCCCCUGCAAUGCUUUUUAGCUUGCAUUGAUCUCAAAACCUUCAGUGCCUUUUAUUUUUGUUGGAUAGGCAACUAACAGGCUUGUUUUACAAAUAAGGGAGAAGGAGCGUUGCUGGCUUGGUUUGGUUUGCCUUUGUUCUAGUUUUUAGCAUGUGCUUAGUACCGUAGUUUCUGGCUGUGAGCUGCCCUGAUAUCUAUGGGUGGAGGGCAGUAGUAGUACUAGUACUAGUACUAGUAAUAAUAAUAAUAAUAAUAAUAAUAAUAAUAAUAAUAAUGGUGAUGAUAUUUUUUGUAGGGCUUGGAGUGAGUGGGUGAUGGCCAGCUGGUGGAAUGAAUGGGGUCGGUGCUAAAUGGUCUGGUGUGCUUUACAACCCCUAGGGACCUUGUUGGUGGGGUGGGGUGGGGUGGCCGGAGAAGGAGCCCAUCCCAGAAGAAGAAGAAGAAGAAGAAGAAGAAGAAGAAGAAGAAAAGGAGCGGAGGGAGGAGGCUUCCAUUCCCUGGGAUAGAGUUGCCCAUAACAUUAAACACAGGGCACGAUUCCAGGGAGAGAGAGAGAAACCAGGGCAGCAGGUGCUGCUACUCACGGCUCGGGCUAGAUAGGGGGCAAAUGGGGGGGGGUGACUCUCUUCAUCUUCUUCUUCCUUCCCACUUGAAUUGCCCUCCUCCCUCUUCCCACAGGGCAGGUGGACGAAAGAGAGAGAGAGAGAGCGCUGCACACCAGCCAGCCAUAUAGUUGGUGGGGCGCAGCUUCCAUCCUAAGCUUCUGCAGGGAUCGCUCUCCUCCCGCAGAGGCUUGGGAAGGAAGCUGCAUACCCGCCAGCCAUAUGGUUGGCAAGGCGCAGCUGGCGGGUGCAGGGAAAGGGGAGGCCGCCCGCAAAGCUGCGCAGCUCCCCCACUCGCUGGGGCGCCCCUGAGAGGCCAGCGCCCUGGCGCAACGAACCACUAAGCCCUAUGGGAAAGACGCCUCUGUCCUCUAUAUCUGGGGUUCCAGGUUCUUCAGUUCCAAGACAUUUCAUUAUAAUCCUCAGCAGGGGCAACAAGUUGAUCAGCCUGAUCCAUGAGGUGAUGCCUUGCAAUACUGUGGGAUUGCGGAGGUGGGGGAGGGGAACGCGUGGAUUUCUCAUACCCCCUUUCCAAGCUUUUGUUUUCAGAAAACUUCUACAUAAAAAUCACAUCAGCGAAAUCAUUAAAGGCUCAGUUGUAGGUGUGUGUGUGUGUGUGUGUGUGUGUGUGUGUGUGUGUUUUAAUAAAGAAAAUGCAUUUCUGCCCUGCAGCCAAAAAACUUCUUUACAACUCAGUGGCAGUUUAAAGAAUAACGUUUUUGUAUUAAAAAUAAAUAAAUCUUAAAACCAAUUUUUAAAAAUCUUUAAAGUUUGGUCAUAACAUAAUGCGAUUAGAAAUUCCUACCCCAGUAAAAUCCAGGAGGAAUGCUGGAAUUAUAGCUCAAGCAAAAAAACAAAACAGAAAAAAAACGCAAGCAAAAAAACCACCCUCUCUUGUCCCAUGUUUUGCUCCUGCAAAGAACUUGUGUGAGGAACGUAAGAGUUGGAGUCAGAGAGAAUCUGCUCCAUUGUUUUGACCCAGUAAAACUAUGUUCUGUUUGCUGGACUUCCUUCACCCCAUCCUGCAGGCCAAUUCCAGUCCGGGUGGGCUCCCAGCUGCAUCAGUGCUCCCCCCCCAGCUGUGGGAUUACCUAAUAUGCAACCAUUCAACACUUUCCACCAUGCCCCUCAGCACCCCAAAGUUUGGAAGACAGGAGAUAGGAAGAUGCCUUAUACUGAAUCAGACUCUUCGUCUAUCUAGAUUAGUAUUGUGUACUCUGACUGGCAGCAGCCACACACACUCACACACAUGGGUUUCAGGCAGCGUGUCUCUCCCAGGUCUAGCUGGGCAUGCUGCUGGGGAUCGAACCUUUUGCAUGCAAAGCAUAUGCUCCAUCCACAUUGACCCUGAAAAGACCAAAUUCUCUUGUUUGGAUUUCAGGGUGGCUCCUCCAUUUGCUCAUCACCAGUCCUUGUUGCCGCCAAGAGGACAUGGCAUGUUACGUAAGGCACAGGGAAUUAUCCCUUCUCAAUUAGACCCCUGGGCGCUGAACCGGGGCCUGCUUAGUUCAAUGCCCGGUAGCAAAGCAAAGACGGGCUUAUGUAAAGUUUGUUUUGUUUCGGCCACUCGGCCCUCAGAGUAAACCUGGGUGCCCUCAUCAAAUUUAAUGAGCCUGGGGUUGAACUGUGGGCACAAUCCAGCCCCAGCCCAAGGCUGCGGUCCUAGGCACACCGAAGCCAGUGGGAUAUCUUGCCCAACAAAGCAGGCCUCGGCUGAAGGAGGCCUCCUCUCUUGGAAGAGUGGCUUGGUUCAUCGUUGGUUUCUGGAAGUAGGUGAGAGACCCUUGAAAUUGUCCCUCAACAAAUUUGGGCCACAGACUGAGCAGGCUUCCAGCUCGCCCUGGUCACCAUCCUCCCCCAUUUACAGUGAAAUGUAUUGUAUUUCUGUUUAAAUUAGAGCAAUUUUUUCUCCAUUUACAUCUAUGCAUGCAAAUUAGACUAGAUGUGUCCCCUUUCGUCCUCUAGUUUCUAAUGGCUGCCCUUUGCUUUCCCAUAAGGCAUUGCCAGAAAAAAGGACAUCCAUUAGAAACUAGAGGACUGACUUCGCUUGUGGCAGAGUUGGGUGCCUGUUUCCAUUACUGCCAUUAUUUCGAAAUGAUCCCAACCUUAAGAGUAAAGUAUACCCUCCAACAUUUCUCUGAUGAAAAUAGGGACGUCCCAUUCCAUAAAUGAUAAUUUUACUGUUUAUACCCCACACGUCUGACUGGUCUGCCCCAGCCUCUCUGGGCAGCUUCCAACAUAUAUAAAAACAUAAGAAAACAUUAAACAUUUUUUUUAAAAAAAACUUCCCUAUACAGGAUUGCCUUCAGAUGGCUUGGUGGUUCGGAUAACUCCAUACCAUACCCUCCAACAUUUCUCCAAUGAAAAUAGGGAUAUCCUAAGGAGAAGUGGGACAUUCCAGGUUCAAAUCAGAAAGCAGGAUGGCUUCUCUAAAUCAGGGACGUCCCUGGAAAAUAGGGACACUUGAAAGGUUUGGUAAAGCUGGUUCGUAUUAACUCGACACCCAUCAUAUAGGCCAUUCUUGUCUACUAUGAAAUAUCGCUGUAUAUUUAUGCCUUGCAACUUAGGUGUAGCUGGCAGGCUCUGUUUCAUUUCCGUUUGUUCACUGCCGCCUCUAAGCACGUGCCCCAUAUAUAUGGGAACUGCACACCACCAAACCCUAUCCCAAAAUAAUGCUGACUUUUGCAUGCAGUUGCAUCCCUAUCCAGUUCUGGGAAAUGGAAGGAACAAUGAGAUUGGCCUGUGAAACAGUUCAAGGGAGACGGGCAGGAAGUUGCCACCUGGAGAGUGGACUGAGCAGGCACUGACGCAGGGCCCCCGGGCCACAGUCUCCUCCAGUCCCCCUAUGACGAAACAGAACGCGUUCCUUUUUUUAAAAAAAAUAUGGUGGUAAUUUGCAUCUAUAUCUAUAAAAUAGAGCGUGCAAAUUUUAUGGUGAUGCGAUUUCUCUUUCGGCCAUGUGAAAGUGGCCACCCUUGUGGAAUGCUGUUCCAGGUGAGAUAUGUCAAGUCUUGAUACUUUGACGUGCUUGGUUAAAAUGCAGCUGUUCAAAAGGAGGUUAUUAUCCGAGCAUUUUUCUCUUUUUUGUGUUACCUUAAUGCUGCUCUCUUUAGAUCUUCAGGUAUUUUAGGAGUCACUCUUCUUUCUAUUUGCUAGGGUUCUUGGCUGAUUGUGUUAAUGCUGUUCAACUCUUGUACACACACACACAGAGAGAGAGAGAGAGAGAGAGAGUUGAUGUAUAAAACUGGUGUGCGUGUGACAUGAUAGCUCAGUUGCUAAAGCAUGGCACUCUUAAUCUCAGGUUUGUGGAUUCAAGCCCCACAUUGGGCAAAAGAGCCGGGUGGACUUGAUGACCCUUGUGACCCUUCCAACUCUAUGGACUUGGCUACAUUAGUAAAAAACAAUGAUUUGAAUGCGCUAUAAACAUGCAACACCAGAUGGCACCAGAGAGCAGGAACUUUUUAUAUGCGUUUUUCUGUAGGGUUUUUAAAAUUUUGUUAUAACCAUCUAAUUUCUGACUUAUUUAUAGUGUUCCUCCAACCCCCUGUGUAUAGUUCCACCUUAUGAUUCUACAUUUUAUUAUUGUAAAGCCACCUUAAAUUCAUUUUGAGAAAAGCCCAGGGGCAGGAACCCUGUGGCCCUUCCGCUACCUGCUAGGACUGGUGAGAGUUGUAGCCCAACAACAUGUGGGGUGGGCAUUGAUUUCCCAUCCCUGAUCAGAGUUUCUUCAAACAUAAACAGAUGAAGUGACAUUCAUUUUCUCUGCACACUUCAUUCAGACAUGCACAUUCUUGUGCGCAUGACUUGGCCAGAGAAGUGCAACUGAGAAAUUCGGAGAUGUGCAGACUUGAAAGGAUGGAGGUUGCGUUUCAGUCCAUGGAUUGUUUCAGAAAGUAUGGGCCAUGUAGUUUCUCCUUGAAAUGUGAAAUGCGUCAAAUUUCUUUCCCAUCUCAGGAUGCUUUGGGAAGUACAAGAAGACAUUAGUGUGGCCCCCCUCCAAGCUCUACAGUCCCCUCCCAGAAGUAGCAGCUCUUCACCAUGCCAGAAGCUGUAGUCUGAAACAUCCUGAGGGCACCGUCUUGGGAAGGUGGUCACAAUAAAGACAUUGCCUUUAAGAUGCUGAAGGAUCCCGAAGGUGCUUCCAGACAGGGUUAAUGUUGUACAUGGGGGUUGUUCAGAUAUUGCAAAUGGGUCAUUGGGAAAAGCUUUUUAUUCAUUUAUCUGAUUUCCCCUGGAAAGGUUAAAUCUGGAUUAAAUGGGGGAGGGGGAAUACAGACUGUCAUUUUUAUGCCAACGAUGUCAUUUGGAAAGUGCAAUAAAACUAAAAUAAUACUGCAGGCAUGAGGUGCAGCAUCCUACAAGAGAUGCCUGCCUGGAUCACCUUUGGAUGCUUUUCUUGAAGGAAGAUAUGGGUUAACGUCAUGUUUAAGCCUCUGAAGGUAGAUUAGAUAGUUGCGGUUUUUAUGUAUUUGUUCCUGUUUUCAUUUCUAAUAUACAACAAGCAAUAACAACCGUGAAGAGAAAAGAUCAAAGCAAGAAAUGAAAAAGAAGGUUAUGAGGAGAGAGUGGUCCUAUUUGAAAAAUAGCAUUAUAAUCCUUCAUAAGCACAUUAUCCAAGAGUGUUUUUCCACAGGAGUCCAGGAGAAGAGGGCGGCUGCCAAUCACGUUCCCUUACUUUAACCUAGAUCAGAGAGUUGGCUAAAGUGCUUUAAAAGCGCACAACAUGAUGGACGCCACUUGUGGCUAGGGAGAUUUUAAUUCUCCUUCGUAUUGCAUGUUGUGCGUUUUGAGGGAAGCUGCAGUUGUUCACUGAGUCACAAGAGUGAAAUGGCACUUCUAUCCUGCUGGAAACUAUAGAUUCUCUUUUUUCCCCCCGGCAUAAGAGCACGCCCCGAAACACACUGCGUGUGUCAUAGAUUAACGGUGCCACCGAGGCUAAAUGGGUGUACUUGCGUGACUAGGAAUUCUGGAGCGGAUCACCUCAGUUCUCCUCCACUUUGGCAGGGCUACAGGGCUCGUGUUUUCACAUGAAUGAACGGCUCUUGAACGAUUUGUGGCUGAAUUUCUCAAAGUUGUUAGGAACAAAAAGGCUUUUCUUUAGCAUCUUUACACAGUUACUGGGUUUGCCUAUUUCUUCACCCGCCCGCCGCCCCCAGCCUGGCGCACCGAGGAGAACAUGGUUGCCACAUUUUAAGACACUGGGAAGUUCAUUCAUUUAUCACAUCCUGUUAUUAAGAUCAACCCUCUCUAAUACCUCUUUCAGUGAGUGGGCAAAUGAAGAUGGAGGCUCAGUUCAGACAUCAUGCCAAACCGCAGUUUACACUAACCACGGUUCAGACUCCAAACCAUGGUUUGAGUUUUACAGGCAUACAGGAAAUACUACAGUUUAGAGCAGCUUUGGUUCGCUCUCUGCUCAGGACUGCUGUUGGCAGAGCAAUGGCGGUAACUCUGUUGCUCCUCCUAUAUUGUCUGGGGGCGUCAGCCUGAGAUUGGUGGGCGGUUGUAGUGUUGCCAAGGUUGCUGACGGCAUGUCUGCAGUGCUUCGUUUUGUGUGUGUGUGUUGCUUUAGUUCAUUUUUGCCGCAUUUCCCCAUCCUAUCGUGGCCUGCAAAUGGGUUAAGCGUAGCAGCUCUUUGGAUGGUCUAACAACUGCACCUGCAGGCCUCUCCAUCUUCCCCUUGGGACUCUCAUAAAAACGUAAUAAUGGAAUGCUGGAUCAAGCCAAUGGCCCAUCUAGUCCAGCAUCCUAUCCUCACAGUGGCCCAUACAAAUGCCUGUGGGAAACCAGCAAGCACAAGAGCCCUGUGGUUUCCAGCAGCUGAUGUUCAGAAGCCUGCUACCUCCAGGUAUGGAGGAAGAGCAUAGCCAUCAUGGCUAGUAGCUAUCAAUACCCCUCUCCUCCAUGGAUUUGUCUAAUGCUCUUCUAAAGCCAUCUGAGUUGGUGAUCAUCACUGCCUCCAUAGUUUAACUAUGCACUCUUCUGUGACAGUUUUGAGGAACCUCUUGCCCUCCCACCUGCUGCCAUUCAUAAGGGUGUGGGUCAGGGUAAGAUGUUGUCUGAGCUGAAAGCAGGGGGGCACAGAGCCCUGAGCAAGCUCUGGCAGUGUUGAUUAUUGUCGAGUCUCAUGGAGCGCCAUGCAUAGGGCUUUGCAAGGUGCAAUGGUCAGGCAACAGCUGGAUCUUGGGAAAGGGGGCCCUACAAAGCGCCCCCACAAAGCUAAUGCACCAGCUAAUGGCGUUUUAGUGUUCCUCCUCCCGGUUCACUUUCAUUCAUAUGAUUUCACUCACAUCAGCAAGAGCAGGUGAAAAGCUCUCCCGCAGACAUUCUCUUAGAUGGCAGAGAAUUCCCUUGCCUUGAGAAAUUUUCCAGCAUGAAAAACAAAAAAAGGAAAAAACCUUGGCUAGUGAAUUCCCAACGAUCCUCUUCAAAGAUUCCUGUGUAAGCCCAGGGGGCUGGUUUUCAUUCUAGGGCCAGCAGAUGGAGACGAAGCCUCACACAUCUGCUCAUUUCGGGCUUGGGAUUUCUGUCCCUCCCCAUCCUUGCUUCUGUUUAUAACCUAAGUUAGGGAUCAGCAGCUAGCUGUGCUUGAGCCAAACCUGGCCCCUUGGGCAAUUCUGUUUGGUAGCCUGUUCUUAGCCCAGAAGUGAAAGCAGGAUAUGGAGGGGAUUUCACCUAUGGGGUUGACCCCCACCACGCCACCUAAGGAGCACUGUAGCCGAGACCCACACCAAACGCUGACCUGGGUUGAAGAUUCUGUUGCCACUUCUAAGAUGCUCCCAGUAGUGCUCCCAGACUACACAACUGCCAUGAAUGUUACAUGGGAUGUGGGUGCCCCAUAUCCAUAUAUUAUGGUCCACAUGGUGGAUUCCCCCCCCCCCCAUACACACACAAAUGCGGAAGUAAACAAGAAAUCCUAAGAAAGUUGCAUUAAUUGGGUGAAACAUUUGUUGCUUAUGGCCAAAGGCCAAAAAUAUCUCUCAAAACUAGAUGCCUCCAUCAAUCUCUAUAAGUGGUUUUGGGGGACUCUGGUGCAAAAACGGAACUGAUAUAUCUCAACACAUCAGACAUUCGCACAUGCCAAUAUUGAAAAUACUAUGUAUAUCAAUCAUCAUAAAUAGAAGCUAGAAUCAGUUAAAACAACAAACAAAAAUAAAACAAAAGGAAGCAAUAAAACCCAAGCAAUAAAAUAAAUGAUUAAAGUCAUCAUCACAAUGACAAUUUAUAGCGCUCUCUCUCUCUCUCUCUCUCUCUCUCUCUCUCUCUCUCUGGGAGAUUUCUUCAGAAAGAAAGACCAUGUAAGUCACAACAAAAGCAAAGAUCUGACAGUAGAUCACACACCCUUUCUACAGUAUCUUUUGCCUGUAUUCCCAAUAAAACAGGAUUGCGAAAUUUAAGAAGGGUGUGUCUGUGUUCAGUUGACUCGCCAAGUGGUUGAAAGCAGCUCACAUUGAUUGUCUCAGUCCCAUCAAGUCAGCAGAAAAAAGAAGAAAUAGUAUUCCUGGCCUGCCUUUCAAUAAUGUGGCAGAAAGGGUUACUGAAGUAACGGGUACAAACAACAAAGCGUCUUGUGACAUCUUAAAUACGAACAGCUGGGUUGGCUUCUGAGUGACACAAGGCUCCUUGACACUUUGCUGCAGCAGGAGAGCGGCACAGCUGCUGACCUGGAAGUUGAGGAAAUGUAAACUAAACACCCUGACCUGUGAAAAUUACCCUGUUGGUGGCACUGUUAGGUCCUGCCUGGUUGGCAAAGAGCCACGGCAGCGUUUUUCUCAGUGGCUGUUCCCCUUCUGAGAGGUGCAUCUCACCCCCUUCAUUCUUAACACACACAAGGAAUUUUUAAACUUUCCCAGUCACCCAGACAAUGGAUGGCUGAAAGAUACUGUUCCUGGCAACUUCAAAAUUCUUUGCUGCCGGGGCAUGUUACUCUUCCUUUGAUGUUUUUAGAUGUUCAUAACUGUUUUUAGUGUGUUUUAAUGGCAUUGUUUUACUACGCUGUUGUUGCCACCCUCGGCUCCUGUGCAACACAAAAUCUUAUGUAUUUAUUUAGCUGUGCUUCCUGCACUGGACUAGACGGCUCUUUGGGUCCUUUCCAACUCUACUAUUUUAUUUAUUCAUUUAGAAAUGCUGUGUAUCUCUGUGAUGUGUGUGUACGUGCUUGAUUAUAGCACAGUUGCAUUUUGCUCCAAGCCGCGGUUUGGGUCUGGGGAAUCUACUUGCUCCCUCUGAGAGUCUCCUUACGUAACCCACCGCUCCUGAAAGGCAGGCCCUGACCCUGCUGCCCUCCCCUCUCUGCGCAGGGUCCAACCUAUUAGCAUAGCUGUCCUGGUUCCAGGUUUCCUCAGCCUAGUUUAGCAUUCCGCCCAGGUUGACCGUCUUCCUUUGGAGAAGGUUCUUCUGAAUAUUAAUUAGACUUUCUCCGUCCGGAUUAAAUCCUUUGCCAGAAAAGCCAUUUGGCUGCGAGAUUAAAGUUCUUCCACCUCUUCCUAACACCUCCUUUCUUUGUCAUUCUGAGAAAGUUCUCCUCUUUCAUUGACUGUCUUACUCACAGCAGUCAUGAAAACAAUUUCUUAAAUCCCGUGCCUCUUACUGAGUGCCUGAGCGCCAAGCAAAUGAUCCUGGGAUCUUCCUUGAAAAGCAUCCAAUAGUUGUUUCAAUAGCUAUUGUCUGCUUAGGGCUUUCCUUUACGGCAGAUUUUGGUGUCAGUCCAGCUUAGGGAGUGGCGAAUUAUAGGGCUGGGUCCUAUUCUGACUGGAGCUGAUGGGUGUCAGAGUCCGAAGCACUUGGAGGAUACCAGAGUGGGAUGGGCCAUAGCUCAGCAGUACAGCAUAUGCUUUGCAGGCAGAAGUUCCCCAGGUUCAGUCAUCAGCAUCUCUAGGUAAAGCUGUCUGAAAACCUAGAGAAACUCUGCCAGUCACUGUUGACAAGUCUAGCUAUUGCUAGACUCUCAUCUGCACCAGCCAGCAUGGACAGUGGUCAGUCACCCUUACAUGUGCUGUUCAUGAGGCAGAAACAGCAGCAAGCUUUCAUCAUCAUCAAACGCCUCCUAAAGACCCAUCUAUUUAAACUGGUCACCACAUCAUUCUGCUUUAUUAUUUACUGUUUUAUUGAUGGCUUUUACUGAGGCAUCUCUUUGCAUUCGGAGUUUUAAAUGUGGUAUGAACAUUAUUCUUUUUCAACGUUAUCUUACUGUGGUGUGUGUGGUUUUUUUGUAAACCGCUUAGGGAUUUUGAACAUUAAGCAGCAUAUAAAUAUGAUUGACGACGAUGAUGGUGACAAUGCUGAGCUAGAUGGACCCAAACGGCAAGGGUGGUCCAUCCAUAGCUGUCAACUUUUCCCUUUUUUAAAGGGAAAUCCCCUUAUUCCAAAUAGGAUUCCUCAUAAGAAAAGGGAAAAGUUGACAGCUAUGGGUCCAUCCUGUUUUGCUGAAAUGGGAAGGUGCAGCCCUGCAUGAACACCAGAUACUCACCCCCCCUUCCAUAUUGCCUCCGCCAAAGCCUUGCUUAUUGGGGUCACAGGUUCUGCGUUUUGGACAGAUCUCACGAGAGCUCUGUGGAGUCUUGUGGUAUCCCUGCAAGAUCUCGUGGGACUCUUGAGAUAUUUCAUGAGGCUCUCGCAAGAUCUCAUACCAGAACCCAAAGGCUGCCUCAGCCGCUACUCCUUGCUCAUCCGGCAAUGGGGGGGGUGUGUCUGUGGAGAUGCCCCUUGGAUUCUGCCACCUGAGGCAGCUGCUUCAGCCUGUCUCAUGGGUGGCCUGGCCAUGCUAAUGGUCUGAUUGGGUAGAAGGCAGCUUCCUAUGGCUUUGGUGUAUCUGAAGAAAAAUACGUCUGCCAAGUACUAUCCAAAUUCUCCUCUUCAAGUUAUUACUAUUGUUGUUGAGCAUACUAGAGUAGCGAGAUGAGAAGAUACGCCUAUAUAUUAAUUCAUCUUCUCCUACGCCUUCUGCUCCUCCCAGGUAACAUUAUCGGCUCCGGCAUCUUCAUUUCCCCCAAAGGAGUCCUGGAGCACACGGGGUCCGUGGGGCUCGCCCUCAUCAUCUGGGUGCUCGGCGGGGGGAUCGCAGCCCUCGGGUCGCUGUGUUACGCCGAGUUAGGAGUCACCAUCCCGAAGUCUGGAGGGGAUUAUUCCUACGUCUCUGAGAUUUUCGGUGAAUUAGCUGGGUAAGUGGCGCUUUAGCAGCAUGACGCUAAAUCUUUUGGGUCUCACGGCAUCCUCACGGCAACCUUGCAAGGAGGGCUAUAUUGGCACAUGCUCCUCGCUCCCCUGAGCAAUCGACUGUGGUGAGUGCAGCACUUUGGAAGAGACAGUGCUGAGGACGCCUAGGGAGCUGGCAAUAUUUUGCUCUAAAAAGGGGGCAAGGAAGCUAGAGCCAGUGGGUCAGUCUUGGCCCACCAGGUGCUCUAUUUCCCCCCAAACAACGCCCACCUGUCAAUCAACUGAAAGAUGCCGGGGAUCAAACCCAAGGUGAGUGGGCGGUGCCGAGACGCACUCCUGAGCGCGUGCAGAGUGCGUUCCUCCUCCAUGUCCAGAGGCAGCCGCAGGACCAGCUUGCAGGGUGUUUAUAUUUUUCAAAAUAUAGUCCGUGCCCCCACCCAAGGUCGGAGGGACAGUGGACCGGCCCCCUGAUGGAAAAGUUUGCUGACCCCUGGCUUAUAUCAAAUAAGGCAAUAUUCAAAAAUCCAUUAGAAAAUAUUGGUACACUAUAAAACCGACUCUCAAAAUAUCUGCAAAUAAUAAUCAAACAGAAAUUCGCUCUCAGCAAUUAUGAUAAAUCUAGUGAACUGUAAUCAAUAAAAAUAACAGCAAGUCACAAUAUGUAAAAUAACUAUCUCUGUAAAAUAUCAAAUUGAGCAAAAAGUCCCUUAACUUAUAAAAUAAUAUUGACAAAAAAUUAAAUUAUUAUUAUUAUUGAAUUCCUUUGGCAUGCAAAGCAUCAUUGCUUUCCCACUGAGUCCUGGAUUUGAACCCAGGACUUCCUGGCUUCUAACCAUCACACUGUGCUGCGCCAGCUUCCCUGAGGUUGCACGAUUUCCCUUGUUGCCAUGGAGGCCUGAGCAGCCGUUCCUGGCGCAAUCCUCUUCCAAACACCCUAUUUCAUGUUAGGAGGCAAGCAUCCUUACUUUGAUGGUGUUUGAAUGAACUGGCUAGGGAGUUUCUUGUUACAGCCUGAACUGCUGAUGCAAUGUUGCUGAGGGGAGGGGAGCACCUGCUUACAGACAGAUUACCUCCCCCCACCCCGCAAUAUCUGCUCUGGCCAAGAGCAGGUGCAAUCCUAAUUGCACAGGAUACCAGGAGGCAGGCUGCAUUUUGCAAAGACUGUAAAUCAGGCCGUGAAGAUUUUGUAAGGACAAAGGCAACCAGAAGAAAGCCGGCAACUCUUGAUAAUUUUCAGGGCCAGUCGCCCUCCAGAAAUUGAUAUUUAUUGCAUCUAAGAAAGUGCCAAAACGACGAGUCAUACGUGGAGAUAUAAAAAGCGGCAAAGCUCUCUGUGUUGUUUCCUAAAAGUUUAGGCUGACAAAGGCUUCAGCUCCACCCUCAGGCCAGCAAUAACUCAACAGGGAGAUCGUGUUAACCUUGCCCUGUCUCCACAAGGCUGUUUUUAUUGAGGCUAAAAAGGGACAGUAGUUUUUGAGAGAGCUGGACCACUUGCCCUUGGGAUGAGCACAGAGAUGUGAAGGACUGGGGAAAGACUGGGAAAACUGUGUUGGGGCAGGGAACACAUCUGGGGUUUUUCCACCCAGUUUUGCUGGGACGGGGGUUGCUAUUUUUUCCGGGGGGUGGGGCAGGAAUGGAAAAACAGAUUUUGUGGCAGUUAUUUCCAUAAAGGAAAUACACGUUUUUCUUUCAUGCUUUUCCAGUUGUGCAGAUUUAUUUAUUUAUUGCUAUAGUUUGUAUCUCACCUUUCCUUCAAUGAACUCAAGGACAUAGUUCUCCCCCUCCUUGUUUUACUUUCCCAGCAACCUUGUGAGGUAGGUUUGGCUAAGAAACAGUGCCUGCCCAAGUUCAUCCAGUGAGUUUCACAGCUGAAUCAAGUCACCCAACAAGUCCUAGUUUGACACUCAAACCACUACACCAUAAUAUAAAUUAAGACAAGCACUGCUGGAUCAGGCCAAUGGCCCAUCUAGUCUAGCAUCCUGUUCUCACAGUGGCCAACCAGAUGCCUCAUUGGGAAUCCUGCAAACAGGAUCCGAGCACAAUAACAGUCUCCUCUUUACCAAGCUAAACAUACCCAACUCGCUCAACCUUUCUUCAUCAGUCUUAGUUUCCAGACACCUUUCUUGGUGUGCACCUUUCUCUGUACAUGUUCCACCUUGUCAAUACCAUUCUUAAUUUUGGCACCCAGAACUGGAAACAUUACUCCAAGUGUGAUCUGACCAUGGCAGAACAGAGCAAUACUAUUACUUCCCUUGUUCGGAACACUAUAAUUCUGUUGAUGCUGCCUAGAACAGCAUUAGCUUUUUUUGCUGCUGCAUCACACUGCUGACUCAUGUUGAGCUUGUAGUCUACUAACAUCCCUAGAUCCUUUUCACACGUACUACUGGCAGACCAGGUACACCUGGUUCUUCCUGCCUAAGUGUAGAAGCUUACAUUUCCACCUGUUGAAAUUCCUUUUGUUAUUUUUGGCCCACUUCUCCAGUCUUAUUAAGGUGGUGUUCCCUUGUGUCAACCAUUCUCCAAGUCGUGGAGAUUUAACUUCUGCAGACGUGGGAAAAGAGUACGUUUCUGAGCACAAUUCAAAGUGUUGGUGCUGACCUUUAAAGCCAUAAACGGGCUCGGUCCAGUAUUCCUGAAGGAGCGUCUCCACCCCAUUGUUCUGCCCGGACACUGAGGUCCAGCGCCGAGGGUCUUCUGGCGGUUCCCUCGCUGCAAGAAGCCAAGUUACAGGGAACCAGGCAGAGGGCCUUCUCAGUAGUGGCGCCCGCCCUGUGGAACGCCCUCCCAUCAGAUGUCAGGGAAAUAAACAACUACCUGACAUUCAGAAGACAUCUUAAGGCAGCCCUGUUCAGGGAAGUUUUUAAUGUAUGACAUCGUAGUCUAAUUUUGGUCUUUGUGGAAGCCGCCCAGAGUGGCUGGGAAAACCCAGCCAGAUGGGCAGGGUACAAAUAAUAAAUUAAUAAAAAAAAAUUAAAAAGGGCAAAUCUUUAAGAAUGCAAAUCCAAAAGGCAAAAACUGGGGACGAUGAGUUCCCAUGGGCAGAGAUUAUAAGAAUUGCCACUAACAAAUAGAAUCCUAAAAUUGGAGGCACCUCAGAAGCCAUUUACGGUAGUCCAAGCACCUACCAGUGCAGGAAAUCCUAAUAAUUCUGGCACCAUUGGAACACCAUAGGAAUGCCUAUCAAUUUGGGGGAGGGCAGCCCCCCUCAAAUAUUUUAUCGGGAGGGCAAAUGGAGCUUGGUCCUUAGGGGUUGGCUCCUAUGCGUGGAUGAAAUGUGGACUUCUAUACAAAAUGGCCCACAUCUGUUGCUCCGCCCCCUGUUGUCUCAGGCUCCACCUUCCAGUGGUGGAACGGGGGAUGGGGUCCCUGAGGGUUGUCCAUCCCGGCGAUUGAACCUGGGACCUUUUCCAUGGUGGCACUUGGAAAGAAUAGAAAAAACGUUAAUACAAAAACUAAAAGGUGAUCACUUUUCCGGAACCCUUUCCAUUUAAACAUUUCCUGGCCAAUAAAAAUGACCUUUAGAAUCUUGUUCUGACCAGAAGUUAAUUAACCUGCACAUUUAAUAGCUGUUUUAUGAAACCACCAAGCUCCAAUAAUGACUCUCAGAUUCGUGCCUAAUCUUUUUAUUUAUUUUUUUAGUUCUAAAAAUGAAGGGGAAAUGAAGAUUAGUAGGGGUUGCAUCAUAAGCAGAUUUGGCUCAGGGGGGGAGCCAGUUCCCCCCUUUCUUUCUUUAAAUCCUUCAGUAAUACUAAAACUUGAAAUAUAUAAAAAAAUAAAAAAAUUGUCCAGUAGCACCUUAGAGACCAACUAAGUUUGUUCUUGGUGUAAGCUUUCAUGGUAUCUGAAGAAGUGUGCAUUCACACAAAAGCUUAUACCAAGAACAAACUUAGUUGGUCUCUAAGGUGCUACUGGACAAUUUCUUUAUAUAUUUUGACUGCAUCAGACCAACACGGCUACCACCUGAAAGUAACACUUGAAGGAGGUGUUCCAUGAUUAUUGGCUUGCAAUUGCUGCCACUUAGAAAAGUUAAGUCUCAUUUUCUGACUGGAGAUUCUGGGACUUGUAGUCAGGGGUAGCUCAAGACAUUUCGGCACCUGAGGCAAAAUGCCUCCUGCUGUCCCUAUGAUGCGGUUGGGGGGGCAUGAGAGGCUCUGCAAAGGCUUCCCUUAAGGCAGGGGUGCCCAAACUUUUUUCAAAGAGAGCAAGAUUUGAUGAAGUGAACAUGCAUGAGGACCGACGAAAGUUGUUGACCAUUUUUUUGAGCUUUUGGGGGGGAUUUUACCCCAGGAAAUAAACUGCCACAGGGGCCAGAUUAAACUGACCGGCAGGCAGGAUUAGGCCCCGGGCCAGACUUUGGACAUACCUGCCUUAAGGAGAAGCACUGCAAAGCCUUGACAGGCUGACAGGCUGAGGGGCAGGGGAGCUUCAGAAAGCACUUCUCCUUAAGAUAAAGCCCUUGCCAACUCAUUGAGGGCGGGGGGAGGUGUUCCUCAGAGCUUUGCUGCUGGUCCCUCUCUGCCCCUGGCAGGUGGGGAGCUUGAAACAAAGCUGGGUGGAGGAAUGCUGUGCAGCUUCGCUGCCAUCUCCGCCAAUUUUCUGAUUGUGAUUGUUGUUAUGAGAAUCGGAGAGCCCCUUAUCCAGGGUGCUUCCAGACUCUCAAAAUUUUCUGGGAGGGAUUUGAAUGCAUGUCAGAACUUUCCUUUUGUGAGAUUAAAGCGGGUUAAGGCACUCUGUUGCCGUUCCGUAACAAAUCCACUUUUAAAAACAACAGCAACAGACUUCUGCAGCUUGCAAUGUGAUGGGGAAGUGGGAGAUGAAUGAACAUCUGGCAAGGGAGACGUUGAAAGGUCAAGCAAAUGCAGGUGGAGGCAGGUAGAUACCCCAUAAACGCGUCAUGUAACUACCCCAUAAAUGCAGCAGAGCAAAUGUGCAGUAAAGACCUCUAACAAUCUGACCUCCACAUAGGGGUGGGGGAGAAAAUCAAUUUGAUUUGCAAUUUAAUGAGACAGCUCCUGAUUCGCACCAGAUUCUUCUUGAGCCAGUCCAUGAACUAAAAGGCAGAUACCCUUCAAAAUUUGCAGUUCCCUGAAUGUUGUGGCAACAGUUCUGCUGCCCAGCAAAGCACACAUUAAUGCAUAUAUUGGGGGGAUGUGCAUGGGAGUGCAUUGAUUCAUACCCAAUGCUUUAUAUUAGGGAAAUUUGUUUCUAAAGUGGCAUAUAUGUGGCAAAACUGCACUCUAAAAUGUGUUUACUAGGAGAAAUUUACACUAAAAGGCUCAUAAAUUUUUGAAUGGAGAAAAUGGAUCAGCAAACCGACGUGGAAAUGUGGAGGAGUGAAUUUAAGUCUGCAGAAAUGAGAACUGGAGAGGAACUCCAGGCGAUGGCUGCAUCAUUCCUGACCUCCAGGGAAGCUGCUGCAAGCCAGCCAGGAUGACCCGGUCUGGAGGAGCCAGUAGCCCAAUGUGGCUCUUUGUGCCGUCUCAUUUAACUGGAGAUUCUCCUUUUCUUUCCUUUUCUCUUGGCUUCAGGUUUCUCCUCCUAUGGAGCGCAGUCCUCAUCAUGUACCCCACCAGCCUGGCUGUGAUCGCCCUGACUUUUUCAAACUAUGUCCUCCAGCCAGUGUUUCCCAACUGUAUCCCUCCCUAUAAUGCCUCCAGAGUCCUUUCCAUGGUGUGUUUAUGUGAGUAUUUAUCAGCAACCUUUUCCUUGGGCUUCCAGCGGCAUUUGCCAAGAGGGCCACUCUCCAGCAGAGACGCCCUCAACCAAGAAAGGGCUGGUGCUGUUUUAGUUUUAUUGGUGUUUAAUUACUUUUCAAUGAUUAACAUGGAAAAAAAAACAUUUUUAGCAUUUGUCUAUUCCAUCUGUGCUUACAUAUUUUGAUCUGUAAGCCACCUUGAGUCCCAGUCUGGGGAAAAGGUGGGAUGAUGAUUAAUAAUAAUAAUAAUAAUAAUAAUAAUAAUAAUAGUAGGAGUGAGAGGGGUACAUAAACACAGUGCUCAUUCAGUGAAGCCCAGGCUGUCUUUUGGAUCCUCAGCCUCAUCCUCUGGUUUUCCCAACCCUUCUCUCUCUUAAAAACAAACAAAUAAAAUGGAGUUCAGUGCUAUAGUGAAACCUCGGUUGUUGAACGCUUUGGAAGCUGAACAAUUCGGAACCCAAACGCCUACAACCCGGAAGUGAAUGCUUCCAUUUUUGAACGAUUUUUGGAAGCCGAAUGGUCUUCCGGAAUGGAUUACGAGGUUCCACUGUAUAGCCCAUUUUAGAUGUCUGGGCGUUUUCUGUCUUCUUUCAAAAAUAAGAAGCUCAAAUAAAAGGGUUUGAUCUUUGACGCGCAUGGCACAAACCUCUCUCUGGACGGAAUUGUGUUUCCUGCUCUCCAGCACUCUUGACGUGGGUGAAUGGCUCCAGCGUCCGAUGGGCCACCCGCAUCCAGGAUAUCUUCACUGCAGGGAAACUCCUCGCCUUGGGCCUGAUCAUUGUUGUGGGCUUCAUACAGAUCUUCAAAGGUAUUUCAUGCAGGAACCCUGAAUGCCAGGAUGACAUCGAGAGAAUGUCAUCAAGUGGAAUCAAGCCCUUCUUAGCAAAUGGAGCCCACUCACUCUGACGGGGCAGAGGGUUGUUGUUGUGGUUGCUCCUAUUUCACUUUUUCCAGAAUGGCGAACUCAAAGCAACCUGCAAAAACCAAUACAGUGGUACCUCGGGUUAAGUACUGGUACUUAAUUCGUCCCAGAGGUCCGUUCUUAACGUGAAACUGUUCUUAACCUAAAGCACCACUUUAGCUAAUGGGGCCUCCUGCUGCCGCCGUGCCGCCAGAGCACGGUUUCUGUUCUCAUCCUGAAGCAAAGUUCUUAACCUGAAGCACUAUUUCUAGGUUAGCAGUCUGUAACCUGAAGCGUAUGUAACCUGAAGCAUAUGUAACCCGAGGUACCACUGUACAUUAAAAACAGGUGUAAAAACAACCUAAAAUGCAUCAAUUAUAUCUAUAACUAUAUCUAUAUAUAUAUUUUGCCUGGCACCUAAAAAGAGAUGAGGAUGGCGCCUGGCCUGCCUCCCUGGACAGAGUGUUCCGUAAAUAGGGAGCCACCACAGAGAAGGCCCUUUCUCAUGUUGCCACCCCCCACACCUCCCUCAGAGGAGGCCCAUGGAAAAGGGCUUCAGAUGAUGAGCACAGGGUUCAACUUGUUAAAGUAUUCUCCCCCUGCUUGGAACUGUACCAGAGAAGUAAACUGGUGUCCCAUCCACCCCCCUUCUCCAGGUAGCCCUGAGGAGCGGGUUUUUUUGAGAGGGAUUCAGCCCUCAGACUGAGCCCACAAUGCUGCUCCCUCUGCCUAAUGAUAGGAUUAGGGAAGCCUGGAUAACUAAACUUUUUUUUAUAAAUAUGUCAUGCAGCUAUACUGCAAGAUUUUCCUUCCCUGUUUCUUUGAGCAGAUUUGCUGGCUUUCUUUACUGGCAUGCAGAAAUUAAGAAUGCAAAGGGUUUCCAGCCUGUGCAGUAGGCCAUUGGCGUGAGGGGAGGCUGACAGGCUGACUAAGCAAGGGGGCAACCUUGCCUUUUCAUCUCGGACUGGCCCUGUCCAGAGGAGGCCUCUGCUUCUCCCUGGGACAUGUUACCCCGGCUCUUCUAACAUAUUGACUGCAGGAGGGGGUGGCUGGGUGCUGAGAUGCAUGUCUGAAUUAACUUUCUGCUUGUAGGAAACUAUGAAGAACUCUUGCCAAGCAAUGCCUUCAAUUUCUGGAUGACCCCUUCGGUGGGGCAUUUGGCGCUAGCCUUCCUUCAGGGCUCCUUUGCAUUCAGUGGGUGGAAUUUCCUAAAUUAUGUGACGGAGGAAUUAGUUGAUCCUCGCAGGCAAGUAUUUCGCUUCCCGUCUGACCUUGGGUUAGGAGGAAAACCAUCCGCGGUGUCUCCUAGCAUCUGCCUUUCUGCACAUAUCUGAGAAGAGAGAGAGACCGACCCACUGAAAUUAAUGAGCGUGGCCAACUUAGGUCUUUUAAUAUCAGUGGAUCUACUCUGGGUCCUUUUCAUGGGCACCUCUAGGAAUAUUAGCAGCUGCCUUACACGGAGUCAGUCCGUUGCUCCAUUUAGCUCAGUGUUGUCUACACUGACUGGCAGCAAAGACUGUCUGGGGUUUCAGGCAGGGGUCUCUUCUAGCCCUCCCUGGACAGAUGCCAUUGGGGAUGGAACCCGGGACAUUCUGCAUGCAAAGCGAAUGCUCUGCCACUGAGCUAAAGCCCUUCCGCUAACUCUGCAAGAGCCAGUGUGGUGUAGUGGUUAAGAGCGGUAGUCUCGUAAUCUGGGGAACCGGGUUCGCGUCUCCGCUCCUCCACAUGCAGCUGCUGGGUGACUUUGGGCCAGUCACACUUCUCUGAAGUCUCUCAGCCCCACUCACCUCAUAGAGUGUUUGUUGUGGGGGAGGAAGGAAAGGAGAUUGUGAGCCACUUUGAGACUCCUUAAAGGGAGUGAAAGGCGGGAUACCAAAUCCAAACUCUUCCUCUUCUUCUUCUUUUGAAAUCCUGCAGAAGCCACACAACUUGGCGAUACUGCAAACUUGACCCCAGCAGCCCUCACCCAGGGCCCAAUUUAUCCAAGGGCUGGCUCUGGGGUGUAUCCUGCCUGGGAGUGUUCAUGGUUUCCUUUGGUGUCAGCUGGCAUCCCUGCAUGAGAAUAUUUUCUGUUCCCAUCUUUUGCAUUGAUGUACCAUUUGCAUGUUUAUAAUAUUCGUGCGCCCUGCUUUUUGGUUGUGCUGCGUUUUUUGCGGCGCUGUUUCUUCCCCUCCCCGCUCUUUUUUAAAGCCAUGGCUUGCCUGUGACUAGCAAAAGCCCUGGGCUCAGUUUCAUAGCAGCGCUAGAAUGAAAUUCUGAGCGAAGUCAUAAAGAAUGAAUGAGGCUGUGGGCACACGAGCCUGUUUGCAGCACAAAAAUGUAGUUCUUCUAAAUCUGGAACGGUUUGUACUGCUUUCAGUUCCAGAUUCCAGAUCCUUCCAUCCACAAGGGUAGGCAUGGCUGCUUGACACACAUUUGCAAAAUGAACCCCUUAAGUAGGUUACCCAACAGCCUUUGCUUCUCCAGGCGAGUUAAGACAGAAGUGGAGAUUGCAAUCUUGGUAUAUGUCCACCCACAACAUUAUUGGGAAAGUGUAGACACAAACACACACACAAACCACGCAUUGCCAGGACUGCCUGCAUCUGUUUCCAUAUGGAACCAUUGCAGGUAAUGCAGAAUCAAUCUGCAGUGAGCUUUUGUUUUUGGAACAAAACACAGUUUAUCAGUGAGCACUUUCCAUGGCGCCAAAAAUACACAAUCGAUCUAGAUCCUGUGCGGACUAUGUAGAGGGGGAAACCGCCAAGUACUCAGUCCCCACCGAUGGUAGAAUAAAACGCCAUGUGUACUCAGCCUUGAUCCACUCGCAGAAUCCCAAAACUGUACAGUUGGAAGGGGCCUGUCGAGAUCCUCUAGUCCAACCCUCUGCAAAGCAGGAACCACAUCUCAAAUAAUCUCCAAGAGAUGGCCACCCACCCAGUCUCUGCAUGAAAAACUCCAACAGACAAACUCCACCACCUUCUGAGGGAGUCCAUUCCACUGUUGAACAGCUCUCACCCUCAGAAAGUUUUUCCCUACAGGUUUUAGGUUAGAUUUUGCCCUGCUGACCUCAUCCCGCUGUCUGUGCUGAAAGAGAUCCAGUGCGGAUCUGCGCUCUCCGCAUUAUGUGUGCCUGUUAAUGCUUUUUGUUGCCCCCUCCUCCUUUCUCGAAUGCCAGGAAUCUACCUCGUGCCAUCUUCAUCUCCAUCCCAUUGGUGACCUUUGUCUACACCUUCACCAAUAUCGCCUACUUCACUGCCAUGUCACCCCAAGAGCUCUUGUCUUCCAACGCUGUGGCGGUAGUAAGUAAAAGCGCCCCUGGACCUUUCCUUUCCUUCCCCUCCCUGUUUUUUCCUUUUUUUAAUUACAAUUAUUCCUGCUCUGUGCCGUGUGGUAUUAUGUUUCAGUUUCUCUGCCUUUUGUUGCUUUAGACAUUUGGUGAAAAGUUACUGGGCUAUUUUUCGUGGGUUAUGCCCGUCUCUGUGGCUCUGUCUACAUUUGGAGGAAUAAACGGAUACCUUUUUACCUCAUCAAGGUUAGACGAAGUACGAUUUUGUUUCUUUUUCCGGAAUGGGUGAGGGGAAACCUUUUGCUUUCUUGGCUAGCUCUGAGUCUUUGUUGUGGGUCACUUUUGACAGAUUUAUUCACUCAUCUUAUUUGUGUCCUGCCCUUCCUCCAUAUCACUCGCGGUGGUGUAUAUGGGGUUAAGUCUGUGAGGUAAAAAUUAGGUGUAGAAUUUGCAGUUUGCUCUAAACCACUCCAUUAUGUUUUUUUAAAAAACCCGACAGGAACAUAAGAACAUAGAAAACUGCCUUAUACCAAGGCCCAAUCCGGACCACACGUUGAAAGCAGGAUCCGGCCACUUUCAACAGACAUGGCUCCUGCCAUAGAACCCCGGGAAGUGUUGUUUGUUGUGGGUGCUGAGUUGUUAGGACCCCGGCCCCAAUUUCCCUCAGGGAACUACAGUUCUCAAGAGUGCCCUGGGAAGAGGGAUUGAUGGUUAAACCAUCCUGGGAACUAGCUCAUGUAACACUGCCCUGACACAGUAUUGUGAAACCUCCUGCAAAAACCAAUCAGGAUGAAUCCUCAUCGAACAGCCAACAUGAUCUCACCUCCCCACAAACUUUGUGCAGAGAAAUCUGGAUCAAUGGUCAAUAAACAGGUCAUCUGGGUGUGCUGCAUGUUUACAUGCAAAUCACCCAAAUGCAUCAACAGGUGGAACACUGAUAGAUUGAUUGAAGUUAUAUACCAUCCUAUACCAGCAGGCCUCAGGGCAGCUUAUAUUUCUGUUUUCUUACCAUCUUUUUCUCUACUUACUACGAGAAACAGAAGUUAGUCCCUUUGAGGUCAGUUUGGCAGCCUUAAGUAGCCUAUUAUUAUUAUUAUUAUUAUUAUUAUUAUUAUUAUUAUUACCCUUGUUGAGCCAUCUGUUUGAUUUCAAGCCUUUCAGUAGCCAGAAGAAAAUGAAGAACAGAAGCUGCUCUCUCCAUGAUGCAGUUGAUGAUCUCCUGAUCCCACUAACCAGUUUUACUCUUCCUUCUAGACUGUGUUUCUCCGGAGCCCGAGAAGGACAUUUGCCCAGCUUGUUGGCCAUGAUCCACGUCCAACACUGCACCCCCAUCCCAGCCCUUCUUGUCUGUGUGGGUAUUUCUCCUUUACAUACGACUCUGUGCCCAAAUAGGCUUCUCAGGGGUUUACAAGCAUAAAAUGACAAGAUGCUUCACUAUUCCUCCGAUACCAGCUUUUGUGGCUUACAGAUACCUCUGAGAGCAUCCCAGUGAUAAGCAUGGGGGGCAGAGUGCAUGUUAAGAGGUGUGUGUGUCUGCUUCACAGCAAUCCUCUUAAGAAGAGUUCAGGAACCUCUGGCUGAGGGCUGAAUGCAACCCUCCAGGCCUCUCACUUGGCCAAGACCUUGCCCAACGCUGUCUCUCCCCUGGUCACACCUCUUGCCUUGCUUACAUGCUUUUACCUGGUGGGAAGUCACCCUUGGCAGCGGUCAUGCAUCUUGCUUGCCUGAAAGGAGGAUGGAGAGCUGCCUCCCUUUGACCGCUGCCUGCCUGCUCCCCUUCUUGCAAUCACAUAACAAGAGUCUUCUGGAUCAGACUGAUGGCCCGUCUAGUCCUGCAACUUCUCCUCACGGUGUCCAAACAAUCGCCUGUGGGAAACCAGCAAGCAGGGCCCAAGAGGACUCUCUCCUCCAGCCAGUGUGGUGUAGCGGUUAAGAGCGGUGGACUCGUAAUCUGGUGAACCGGGUUCGCAUCCCCGCUCCUCCACAUGCAGCUGCUGGGUGACCUUGGUCUAGUCACACUUCUCUGAAGUUUCUCAGCCCCACUCACCUCACAGAGUGUUUGUUGUGGGGGAGGAAGGGAAAGGAGAAUGUUAGCUGCUUUGAGACUCCUUAAGGGGAGUGAAAGGUAUCUAGAUUCUAUUAUUCCUGGUAAAGACCCCUUGAAUCACUCUUAAAAGAAUAAAGACACCACAGUCUUAUUCAUAAGUAACAAAAAGUAGUUUUGCUCACGAUCAGGCAGAGCACAGUGCGAUCCCUGAAGGCAGGCUUUAGGCUUAAAGUUACAAACGUUUACAAAUAGUUUACCCCAUAUGGGAGUCGACCUAGUGACUGCAGACUAGCAGUCCAGGAAGUUUGCAGGACAAAAUGGGAAGCAGUGUGACUUGGCCUUUUACCAGGUCUGGAAAGGUCACGCCCACCUACUAGUCACAUGCAAGGAAGGAUGCUCCAGGCCAGGAGGAACAGGAAGUUUUGACUGGCUGGACCAAACAUUCCCUUGCAUGUCCAUUCUAGCAAAGCAAGGAAUGUUGUACUUGACUGCUCCCAGUGGAUUACCGGUACAUCCCACAAUAGGAAGUUGCGUUAAACUGAGCCAGACUCCGUUGAGGUUUAAAGUUUUAUGUAUGUGCAGCUCUCCAGCUCUCUUACAAUGAAAUCGCAACACAACAUAGCAGAAAAAUCCCAGCAUAAAAAACUGAAUAAAAGCAAUAAAUCUAAAAUAAAUAAAAAUACUCCUUAGAAUCAUUAUUCUUUAUUGAAUUUAUAUCCCAUCCUCCCCUGAAGCCUUCACUUAGUGCCAAAAAGAAAGCUUGUCGAACUUCCGAGAGAAUUGCUGAGUGCACAUUUAAAGCACAUUCCCCAUCCCCCCAAAUUCCUGGGGACCAUAGUUUGUUAAGAGUGCUGGGAAUAAUAGCUCGAGCCAACUACAAUACCCAAGAUUCCUGGGGCUGCACACUUUUCAGGCAUGCUUUUAAUACGCAGUGUGUACACAAUAUAGAAGAGCCUCGGGGCUGAUGGAAAAAGUAUGCCCUGUCCAGGGAGUUGCAAUAAAUAAAACAUAGACAUGAGAAGGUUUCCUUGCUUUUCUUCCAGUAAUUUUUCCAUUUCCAUUUCUUCUUCUUUCCCCAGUGUCUGGCCACAGUGGUCAUCAUGCUUGUUGGGGACACCUACACAUUGAUCAAUUAUGUGUCCUUUAUCAACUACCUCUGCUACGGAGUGACAAUAAUCGGUUUGAUUGUGCUGCGCUGGAAGAAGCCCAAAAUCUUCAGACCCAUCAAGGUGAAAAAUAUUGGGGCUCUCCGAAUGCACCCUCUCUUGAUUCUUUAGGGGUUUGGUAGGCUUGCGGAUGAUGCUCACUUCCCAUGACGCACCUGGAGGAGGAGUGAAAGGGGAGGCUUUCCUUGCAGUCCUGUCAGCAGCCACAACCACGCAAAACGGUCCUCUCAUCUGCCACCAGCCCAGGGGGUGAUCUCCAGACUGUCACUGCUUUGGAAGGAGGGGCUCAAACAAAGACAGGAAGUUUUGGUGUACAGCAUCACAGCGGCUCAAAGUUUGGUCCAUGAUGACAAGUGGGGCAACCUCAGCCUCGUUCCAGGAGGUGGCAUCACUGCCUGCCAGUUUCCUCCUCCUCCUCCUCCUCCUCCUCCUAUUUUUCUCCUUCUCCCAGGAGGAGGAGAAAACUAGGUUUGGGCCACUCCCCUUCCCUCUGCCCCACUACAAGGGGCACCAGCUACCACUGGUUAAGUGGUCCUGCCACCCUAGAGCAGAAAAUCCACUUUAAAAAACAAACAAACCAUACUGUACUACUGUACAUACUGCAGCCAGGAAAGUGAUGGAUAAACACCCUGGGAAGAUUAGGCUGCACGAAUGAUUGACAGGGAGGCCCACAGGCAGCCCAGGCCGAAUGUGCGCCAUCCUAUAUCUGCCCCACAAACAAAUGAGAAUGGAUGCCCAAGAAAGGUCAGACACAGUUUGACCUCCGCGUAAGCUUUGUGACAGCAGAUCUGGGUGGUUGAUCAGGAAACAGGUUGCCCAGAGAGGCCCUUCCUUCACCAGAGGGAGAAUUGGGCAGGAGAAGGGGGUUGUGCUCUGCCGCUGCAGCUUCCAUCUUCUUCCAGAUUCCUCCAAAUACUGGCACAGCAAAGGCAAGAAUGGGGACAAGGGGAGGGUACCAUGAUGAUGAGGGACAUCUCCUGUGAGAAUGGUAGGAGUAUCCCAUGAGCUGUAGUAGCUUUUGUGACAGUGGGAGGUGGCACCUAUUCAUGUAGGUACCUUAGUCGAUUCCUGUAAAGGACACACUUUCAAUUUUUGCAGUCUGGCACAAAACCAGUUUUGCAGGUUUCUCCAAUGCUUUGUUCAGCAUUCUGGGAAAAGGAGAAUCUGCACCCCAUUCAGUUCACCUUUUAUUGUGUUAAGUCACAACAAAGAAAUUCAGUCCCAUCACGGCAAACUAGCAGGGUGGCAACACACAGGUGUGUAUUUCUGGAAAAUGGUUGGGUAGUUCCCAGGGUUCUCUUGAGUUAAAUUGUGAAUAUGUAUUGUGUAUUUAACAUAUUUUUUACCUUUCCUUUCAUUUUUAUAACUCCGAAGGUGGUCCUCAGUCCACGUUUGAAAGCAACCCACUCUCAAAAUCCUUAAAUACUUUACUGAAAACAGGAAACAAGACAACAGAUUUAUUAAUCUUUUAAUGAAAGAACAGGAAUGACUGAGUUUCAUGUCUGAGAGAGGAUUUGAAACUGGGCCUCCUCAAUCAGUUAAUAACUAUUAUUACUGAUGAUUAUUAUUACAAACAUUAUUAUUACAUAUUACCUAUUAUUAGUAUUACCUAUUGAAGUUGUUUUAAAUUGUUUUUGAUAUUUGUGUUUAAAUUGUUGUAACCUACCCUGGGACCCUAGUGUGAAAGGUGGGUGAAAAAUUGUAAUAAAAUUGUUCUCCAACAGUACAUUUAAUAUAUUUAAAUCCCAGUUUUCCUCAAAUGAGCUCAAGACAGCCUAAAGGUCCUCCUUGCCCCUUUCAUUUUCUCCUCGUAACUAUCAUGGGUGGUCUAGUUUGGCGGUGAGGCAGUGACUGGCCCAUGGCCCAAGGUCACCCCAGUGAGAUUCAUGGCCAAGUGGGAGAUUUGAACCCAGGACUCCGCACCUUAGCCCAACACUCUAACCGCUACACCACACUGCCUCUCAAUCUAUCAUCACACCUUUGAUGCAUACAGGGCAAAGGGAAUUGGGAGGAAACGCCAGGCUUCUGUACACUUGCCGUUUUUUUCCCCUCUCAGGUUAAUCUCCUGGUUCCAAUCACUUACCUGACAUUUUGGGCCUUUCUCUUGAUCUUCAGUUUAUAUUCUGAGCCAGUAGUCUGUGGAGUUGGACUGAUUAUCAUACUAACUGGAGUGCCAGUGUUUUUUAUUGGAGUAUACUGGAAAAACAAACCAAAGUGUGUAAAUAGGAUAACAGGUAAGCGGGGAACCUGUGGGAGGGUGCCUCUACGGGGAGUAAAAGCUGCGGUCACCAUAGAGACGGGAUAAAGGAUGUUGAUUAUGUACGGAGAAAAUGUCGCCGGGUUCAGGGUAGUCACAGAUUUCAACAGCCUAUUUCUGAAUGUGUGCAGUGUGGGCAGAGAGAUUUGAAUUUGGGGCUUUCCAAAGCCCAUCAUCCUGUGGUCACAAGGGCCAACUCGAGGUCUGUUCUUGAAGUGGGCAACAUUCAGUUUUUCUGUCCCAUCUCGCAUCUUGUUGUGGGUGGUGGGGAGGCAGGAAGGGUCGUGGCUCAAUGGCAGAGCAGAGCAAGGCCCCAGAUUUAAUCCCCAAUAACAGCAUCUUCGGGUAAUGCUGAGAACAGGCUCCUACCUGAAACCCUGGAGAGCCACUGCUGCCAGUCAGUGUAGACAGUGCUGAGCUAGAUGGAUCAAGGUAGCUUCUUCUGUUCUUCCUCUGACUGGCCAGCUACUCUCCAGGGAGUUUGGGAACAAGGUCCCUCACCUCACCUGCUACAUGAUCUUCCUAACUCAGGGAUGAAUGGGCACCUGUGGGCCUCUGAAUGUCGUGGCGCCCAUAAUCUCUUGAUUACUGACCGUACUGAAUGGGACUUUUUAGUUUAGAGAAAAGGCGAGUAAGAGGCAGCACAAUAGGAAGUUAUAAAAGUGAUGUGUGGAGUGGAGAAAGUGGCAAGAAAAAAGUUUUCCUCCCUCACUCUCAUAACACUCGAACUUGUAGACACAUCCAAGGAAGCUGAAAAGCUGGAAGAUUCAGGGCAGAUAAAGGAAAGGACUUCCUUACAUAGGUAAAGUUAAAGGGACCCCUGACCAUUAGGUCCAGUCGUGGCUGACUCUGGGGUUGCGGCGCUCAUCUUGCUUUAUUGGCCGAGGGAGCUGGUGUACAGCUUCCAGGUCAUGCAGCCAGCAUGACUAAGCCGUUUCUGGCGAACCAGAGCAGCGCACGGAAACGCCGUCGACCUUCCCGCCAGAGCAGUACCUAUUUAUCUACUUGCACUUUAAUAAUAAUAAUAAUUUAAAAAAAAAUUAUUUAUAUCCCGCCCUCCCCAGCCAAAGCCAGGCUCAGGGCGGCUAACAACAAUAAAACAGUACAAAAGUACAGCAUAAACAAUACUCUAAAAUCAUUCAUUAUAAAAUUAAUUAAUUCAAGCCACUGGGAACCAUUGGGCCAGAGCUCCGCGAAGAUUGCCGAGGGAGGGAGUCAGGCUGUGCCCUGGCCAAAGGCUUGAUGGAACAGCUCUGUCUUGCAGGCCCUGCGGAAAGAUGUCCAUUCCCGCAGGGCCCUGGUCUCUUGUGACAGAGUGUUCCACCAGAUCGGAGCCACAGCCGAAAAAGCCCUGGCUCUAGUUGAGGCCAGCCUAACUUCUCUGUGGCCUGGGACCUUCAAGAUGUUUUUAUUUGAAGACCGUAAGUUUCUCUGUGGGGCAUACCAGGAGAGGCGGUCCCGUAGGUACGAGGGUCCUAGGCCGUAAAGGGCGUUAAAGGUUAAAACCAGCACCUUAAACCUGAUCCUGUACUCCACUGGGAGCCAGUGCAGCUGGUAUAGCACCGGGUGAAUGUGAUCUCGUGGCAAAGACCUCGUAAGGAGUCUCGCUGCAGCAUUCUGCACCCGCUGGAGUUUCUGGGUCAGUCUCAAGGGCAGCCCCACGUAGAGCGAGUUACAAUAAUCCAGUCUGGAGGUGACCGUCGCGUGGAUCACAGUGGCUAGGUCAGGGCGAGAGAGGUAAGGAGCCAACUGCUUAGCUUGGCGGAGAUGGAAAAAUGCCACCUUUGUUAUAGCUGCAAUCUGCGCCUCCAUGGAAAGGGAGGUGUCGAAGAUUACACCCAAACUCCUAACGGACGGUGCUGGCACUAAUUGCGCCCCCGCAAGAGAUGGGAGUUGCCCCCACAAUCCCAUAUCGCCCCGUCCCAGCCAGAGGACCUCUGUCUUCGAAGGAUUUAGCUUCAACCGGCUCCCACGUAACCAUCCAGCCACAGCUUCCAAACAUCUGGUCAGUGUGUCUGGGGCCGAGUCAGGAUGGCCAUCCAUCAACAGAUAGAGUUGGGUGUCAUCGGCAUACUGAUGGCAACCCAGCCCAAAACUCCGAACAAGCUGGGCGAGGGGGCGCAUAAAGAUGUUGAAAAGCAUCGGGGAGAGUAUCGCACCCUGAGGUACUCCACACACCAGGGAGUGGCGCGAUGACAAUCCUCCCCCCCAAGUGCCACCCUCUGUCCCCGACCAGAGAGAAACGAGCGCAGCCAUUGAAGGACUGUGCCCUGGAUCCCCACGUCGGCAAGGCGGUGGUCCAGAAGUUCGUGAUCGACCAUGUCGAAAGCUGCUGACAGAUCUAGAAGAAUCAGCAGCCCCGAACCGCCUUGAUCCAGCUGUCUACGAAGCUCAUCUGUUAGGGCAACCAGAGCCGUCUCGGUCCCAUGAUCAGCGCAGAAGCCGGACUGGAAUGGAUCCAGAGCCGAUGUUUCAUCCAGAAACCCACCAAGCUGUUCAGCAACCGCUCUCUCAAUCACCUUACCCAGGAACGGAAGAUUCGAAACCGGGCGGUAAUUGGAUAGAUCUAAAGGAUCAAAUGAUGUUGUCUUUAAGAGCGGGCGCACCACUGCCUCCUUCAGUUCCCCUGGGAAUGUCCCCGUGCCAAGGGACAAAUUGAUGAUAUCCCCCAGGAGGGCCCGCACCUCGUCUGGACACGCUCUAAUCAGCCAAGACGGGCACGGGUCGAGAGGACAGGUGGUGGGCUUUCCAGCUCGGAGGAGUCUGUCCACAUCGGCUGGGGAUAUCCGGUCGAAGUGGUCCAAUACUGGACCCGAGGACAGUCGAGGGGCCUCCAGUUCCUUUAUUGUAUCCAAAUUGGCAGGGAAGUCAUGGCGGAGCAACAAGACCUUCUCCGCAAAAAAGCUCGCAAAUGCCUCGCAGCUGUGUGUCAAAUUGUUAUUUAAAUUUGGCUGUCCCUCAAGGGACGUUAAAGACCUGAUUAUACUAAAUAAUUGCGCUGGGCGAGAGCUAGCGGAUGCAAUGGAGGCCGAGAAGUAUGACUUCUUCACAGCCUUCACCGCCAUCUCGUAGGUUUUCAUAAAAGCCCUAUAAGACGUUCUUGAGUCUCCGUCACAGGCACCCCGCCAUACUCGCUCUAGCCGUCUGAGGUCCCACUUCAUUUUCCGGAGCUCCUCGGUAAACCAGGGAGCCCGGUUUCUGCGGGGUCGCGGAGGGCGCUUAGGUGCGAUCUCAUCAAUGGCUGCCAGGAGCUGGAUAUUCCAUGCUGGGUAUUUGACAUGCUUUCGAACUGCUAGGUUGGCAGGAGCAGGGACCGAGCAACGGGAGCUCACCCCGUCGUGGGGAUUCGAACUGCCGACCUUCUGAUCAGCAAGUCCUAGGCUCUGUGGUUUAACCCACAGUGCCACCCGCGUCCCCUUCCUUACAUAGCACAGUGUUAAACUGUGGAACUCACUGCCACAGGAGGCAGCAACGGCCACCUACGUGGAUGGCUUUAAAAGAGGAUUAGACAAAUUCAUGGAGAGAGCUAUCGAUGGCUGUCCUCUGCCUCUGCAGUUGGAGGCAGGGAUGCUUCUGAAUACCAGUUGCUGGAAACCACAGGAGUGGGGAGGGUUAUUGUGCUGGAAUCCUGCUUGCUAGUGUUUGUGGGGGGCGGGGAGGCUCAGUUAAUUUCAUUGUACGUAGGUUGUACAUUGACAAUACAGGUACUAUUAUUAUUAGCUGCCUGCAGGCAUCUGGCUGGCCACUUCUGAGAACAGGAUGUUGGACUAGAUGGGCCAUUGGCCUACUCCAGGAGGGCUCUGCUUCGGACUGUUGGGAGCUGGAUUCCCAGGACAUUCCAAGGAACAGGCUCCCCACCCCUGCUUUUAAGUGGAGAUGCCAGUGGCCAUUAAACUUUCUGCAGGAAAAGUGGGACCUCUGUGACUGAGCUAGAUUCAGCCACUGACUGGUGGAUGUUCUGGCUACAGUUAAACUGACUGCUUGACGACUUCCUCUUUUCCAGAGUCCUUGACGCACUGGGGCCAGAAGGUGUGUUUUGUAGUCUACCCACAAGGGGGUUCUAUUGAAGAGGAUGAUCUACCUUUCACUCACUCACCCCUCCAGGAAGAGAAAAGACCUUGAAGAAAUAACGAUAUAUUUUACACACGAGAAGUAGAUUUUUGUUGUUGUUUUUGUUUACAUGAUGAUUUUUUUUUUGAAAAAAGAAAAAUCUUGAUUUUUUUUUUUUUUUUUAGAAAUCCAAUAGUAAAAUGUAUAAAAUGAGAUACACCUUUUCAGCAGCUAUAGUGGACCGUUAAUAGCACUUAGCUCUUUUUCCU